GCUCCUGCGAGGGCGCCAGAGGAUGUCCUCGCACCGGCAGGGUCCAGGCGCGCCUGGGGGACACGCAAGGAGGGAGACACCCCUUUCCCCACCCCACCCACCCCUCGGGCUUGCUCCCCCUCCCCUGCCAGCCCCCCGGCCAAUAGCUGGGAGGACCCGGCAGCACUUUGGGUAGAAGCUCUCCUCUGGCCGCGCCCGGGGCUCCCCGACGGCCACCCCUCCCGCUCGCCUUAUAAAGGCUCCAGCGCGCACCGACGGCUCCCUUUGCCUGGUGCCCUUAAGCGAGGGCCAGACGGCGGCGGGAUCCGCGGCGCUGCCUCCACCUGAUCGCAUCUUCCGGAACGCUUCCCCGCUGCUCCUUCGGCGAGUGGAUCGAGCGGAUCUUUUUCUUUCUUUCUCCUCCCGGCACUUUUUCAUCACGACCCUUCUUCUGGAGGAUCUCCACCCCCGCGAAGCAAUUCCCUUCUGGAGUUCACGGCGGCCCCACGCGCUUGGAACAAGGGAACGGGCCAGCCGGCCGGCCGAGCGCCUCGCAGGACUCUUGUCGCGGGUGGGAGAGCAGGCGAGGGAGGGAAGAAGGGAAAGAGCCUCUCCGGGUCUUCUGCUUGGCUCUGCUUCGUUUCCCGGCUUGGCUGGAGCCCCGAAGAUGGCCAGCCGCAGCAGCGCUGGACCCCUCGCCCUCCUCUUGGCUUUCGCUAUCCAUCUCCUGCAGCCGACCCACCCCGCCGAGCCCGAGGCCGAGAGAUCGCCCACUCCCACCGGUAACUUGACGCACCCGCUCCUGCUUCCCCGACGCCCCCACGUUUUCAUUUGAGCCGGGCCUCCUCCAUUUUUUUGGAGAAGCUUAACCUUAGCGCGCGUGCGGUGAGCAGGGCAGAAGGCGAGAGGGUUCCUUGCCAUGUGCAGAGUUGUUGCAUAGACCAAGCUGAUUUCUGAGACGGGUUCACUUCUAGAAGAGAGGGGCUGGGGUGUGGAUUUGCGCCCUGGUACUUUUAUAUGAAAUCCACCCUUCUCCCUAACCCCCCCCCCACUUUAACAUUUGAUUAGGUCCACGUUAUGACCGAGUAAAUGAAUGGAUUGCCGGUGAAAAUCCUGAUUUUCUUACAUUAAAAUUAAAAGGUGACGCUACCCCCACCCCUUUAAUCUGAAGGUGGAUUCUCUUUAGCUUGGGUUCGUGAAGAGAGAGGAAAUAUCCCUAGGGGAAAUGAGUUUCUUUUGCUGCAAGGCGAGUUUUGCCAGUCCGUUACUUUCUGAGAGACGGGGAGUGAGACCCUCCCCCCCCCCCCCGAAAAAAAAAACACCUUCUCAUUCAGACCCCGCUUCGGGAUCUUCAGACAAAAGCCCCGUUGUUCAAACCGCAGCUGAUUUCCCCAGCUCUCAGGCGGGUCUGGCUUGCCUCUUGAGUGCUGAAUUUGUUGCACAUGCUUUGUGUGUGUUUCUUUCUUUCCCUUCUCCCUGUCACUUUCCUUGUAACAUUCAUGUGGAACAUAAACGUCUGGCGAAGGUUUUCUUGGCCGCCCACCCAGACACAAGUUACAGGCAGCAAGCAGCGUUCCACGUUGGGAAGCUGAGUCUUUUAAAAGGAGUCAGUUUGAGAUACAGUAACGUCAAAAACAAAGUUUCCAAGUUUCAAGAGGAAACAGUUUCUCCGAGAUGCUUAGGUCCAUUUUCACUAGGUGUGCAUUCUCAUGUAGGUUGGCAAUUUCCUUAACAUGGAAAAUGCAGAGAGAGUUAGCAAAGGGAGAUGGGUGAGGUUUGCGCUCCUCAUUUAUUUCUUUGCAGCAUUCACACACAAUGCUGUUGCCAUCAGAAUUCCAGCUUGUACCCCCUUAAUUUAAUCCGUGGGUGAUAAGCUUGAAAAACCUGUUCCCAACGAUCCUUGUGAUAUCUCAACAAUCCUUUAAAAGAGUCCUUACUUCUAAGCACCUUGUAACCUUAUGAGCCGUCUUUUCCUGUCUGUGGUGAAGAGUUGAAUCAUGACUUUCAUACUGGCAAUGAUCAAUAUUUAGGAUGCAUUUGAGAUGGCAAGCGAUAUAGAAAUGCAAAUUCUGAGCUGGGCAUCGCGGGGAAACGUCUAUUUCCCCGCUAAGCCUUAAAUACAAUCGUGAUUGUUUGCCCUACAAGAAACUUCUCUCAUUUCCAGUACAGUGGUACCUCAGGUUACAUACGCUUCAGGUUACAUACUCCGCUUACCCAGAAAUAUUACCUCGGGUUAAGAACUUUGCUUCAGGAAGAGAACAGAAAUUGUGCGGCGAUAUCGCAGUGGCAGUGAGAGGCCCCAUUAGCUAAAGUGGUGCUUCAGGUUAAGAACAGUUUCAGGUUAAGAACGGACCUCCGGAACAAAUUAAAGUACUUAACCCGAGGUACCACUGUAUUUUACUGUGCAAUCUUAUGCAUGUUUGCCCGAAGUAAAUCCCACUGUGUGUAAUGGAGUUUACGCCAUAGGGACACCAUUGCCUAUUUGCCCCAUCGAACAUAGCAAGGCUUACUCCUGAGUAGACAAUAUACAGCUGCACUGUUAGCCAUGAUGCUUGGCGGAAGAGACCUGGCACCUGGAAGACAUGAUUAUUCCAUUUGAUAGUCUCUCAAACAUGAAAGGUGUUACUUUGUGUCCCUGCCCCCCCUUUUUUCUGGCCAGAUUUUCAACCCGUUUCCUUCACAGCCUUGUUCACAUUCUGCUCCUUGGGUCGUGUAAAGUGCUUGUUCCAGGGAGCUGGAAGGCAGAAAGAAAUUCAAUCCUCAAUGUGCAAAACAGAAGAGGAAAGACAUGCAUAAAAUCUGUUUAAAGAAAAGGGCCCGUAAUGUGUUCUAGUGCUUCCAGUCAAAAGAGACAAUUGGUUUUAAAUACACAUCAUGUUGCUUGCCAUACACUGCUUCUUGCUUGGAUCCUGAGCAGGCCUUUGAUUGCGUUCCCAGCUCUCGCUCGCAUCAGUCCUGGGAAAUCAACCAUAAUCUGUGAUUUAUAAUUUUCACAUGGUAAUAAAAAGAGCUCAGAGUUUUGAGUCACACCUUUGAGGUAGUAAAUGGCUCGCUUCAAAACUCUGCCGUGAUUGUUUUGCCACACAGAAGGAACAUAGUUGCUUCUUUCAGUUUUUCAUUUUUUCCCAAUCUUAACUUUACAUUUCCACAUCAGUUUGUGGGUUGUUGUUUUUUUAAGUCUUCAUGAAAACUCAUCAGUAUGUUUGUGCACGUUAUCUCCUAAUCUACUCAUGUUGAUAUGCAGUUUUGCCUAAUAUACCCAUUUUUUGCAAAACAAUUUCUUCUAAUAUGAUGCAUUUUCAAAAUUUUAUUUUCACCAGUAUAUGACUUUUUAGGCACACUUUACUUCAGCAUAUGCAUUUUUUGUACCCAUUGCUUGGUUGAAGAAGCUCUUCCCAAUGCAACAUUUGCACUCAAGGCCAUGCUGCUCUGCAUGGCGCCUCCCAAUGCUGUGCUGCCUGGGGUGAUUCUGACCUCCUGAUGAUAUACGGCAUGGGGUGACUUCCCACCAGGUCUCCUCUGCGCCCUCAAGAUUGGGACUGAGCCCCAUCCCUGUGGAAUUGGGGGGUGGGGGCUGUAGAGGCCCCAUCCCCAUAGAAUUGGUGUGCCUGAUUGCAUGUAAUGUAGUUUGUCUGAUUCCUCACUUAUUGGUUAGUGUCUUAUAAGGAAUAAUAGCACUUGUAAGCUUUAUUUCUUCUUCUUUAAAAUACUUUUAGGGCAAUCACUUCUCUGCUCAACUACAUAACUUGUAUAAGGGCUUAUAUAAGUACAGUGGUACCUUGGUUCUCAAACGCCUUGGUACUCGAACAACUUGGAACCCAAACACUGCAUACCCGGAGGUAAAUGUUCUGGUUUGUGAACUUUUUUUGGAAGCUGAACGUGCUCUGUUUUGUGUGUUAUGCUUCCGAUUUGAGUGCCACACUGAGGUCUGUCUGUUUUUGUUAUUUAUUUAGCGUUUUUGUUUUUGCGGCUUUUUUGUUUUGUUUUUUGCGGCUUUUUUGUGUGAGACUGUGUGGAACCCAGUUCAACUACUGAUUGAUUGAUUGAUUGAUUGUGUGACUGCAGUACAUUAUUGCUUUCAUUUUAUGGAUCAAUGGUCUUGUUAGAUAGUAAAAUUCAUGUCAAAUUGCUGUUUUAGGGGUUGUUUUUAAAAGUCUGGAACGGAUUAAUCCAUUUUGCAUUACUUUCUAUGGGAAAGCGCACCUUGGUUUUGGAAUGCUUUGGUUUUGGAACGGACUUCUGGAACGGAUUAAAUUUGAGAACCAAGGUACCCACAUAUCAUAAAAGCCACAUCACAUCACUUCCUCAACUUGAAAUGUGACCCUUAGUGAAAACUUACUGGUUCACACAUUCCCCUUUGUGGAAGACAAUACAGAACAGUGACUCUUCUGCGCAGCUUCUAUCUCCUUAUCUCUGCAGGCACAGAUGUACAACAUGGCUUGCAAUCUGCCUUCUAUGUGCAGAUAUCCAGAUGUCUCAUGGAUGCAUCAUUUGCCCAUUCCCUUUACUGAAGUUUACAGAUUUUAGGGCUGUACACAUAUACAGGCAGAUUCUGUAUGUGGGGGGAGUUGUGCAUGAGAUUUGUUAAUAACCCACCCCCCCACAAACACAUGUCCCCUCCCCAUGGCAGAAGGAACUGUUGUGUGAACAGGACAUUGUUUUGUAACUCCCUGGAGUCCAUCCCAGGCUAAUAAACAGAACAGGAGUAAAAAACUUAAUCCCAAAUAAGUUUAUUAUUUGUAAAUUAUUAUGGAAUAGCACUGCUCAAGCCAUCUUAAUGAAGAGGCAAUGGUCUAGAAUGCUGAAGCAGUGCUAAUAAAAUGCAUGUUACAGAGUAAUAAUAAUAAUAGUGGAUUCUGGUUAACAUAAACAGUAAGAAAAUCUUCACUGAUGUAUAGCAGACUCUCCUGAUGUGCAAACUCCACUUCUGCCAGGACCCCAGACAUUGCAGGGAUUGUUAACAACAGACUCCAGUUUUAAUCCUUGUUUAAUUUUCUGAGUUGUUUUACAUACACUUCUUUGCCAUUGAUCAGACGUUUCAAAAUCUAAUGAGACUGACAUUGAUGUAGGUUCUGUUUUAUUCUGCAUAAUUUAUAUCCUAUUCAUACUUAAUAAAAUGCCUCUAAGUCUGAUUUGAGCAGCGUUUAAGCUACAAAGAACUUUCCUUAUACAACCCCCCUCCUAAUUGUAUGGUUGAGGAGAAACGCAUUGUGAGGUGAAUCCCAAAUUGACAAGGUCCUUCAAUAUUGAUGUAACCAUAAUAAUAAAGGUUUCUGUCCAAGCCAUCUUAUAGCAAUUAAAACAAAUGAGCAUGUUUGAUUGAUGUGAAAACCUACAGGAAGUGUGUUAUUCAUUAAAAAGAGAUACGUGACAUUCAGGGAUUACUGUGUAACUUUUGAUUUAUGUGACAAAAGUUCUAUUGAGUCUAUGAAAGCUAGAGUUUGUUAGAAGAGACCUUAUUGGUCCUGAAAAGCUACUCAGAAACAGAGCAAAAACUGAGUUACAAAGCCUCCUUUGUAAACUUCACAUCUAUUUCUGACAUGGAAUAAUUUGUGGUUAUUGAUAAAACCGCACUUAUAUGCAUAGCUACACCUCCUUCUCUCUUGCUGUCUCUUAUACCUGUCUCUCGACAUGAUCAAAAUUGAGUGGAACUUGAAAGCUGGUGUGUCUUCAGUAGAUUUGCAUUCUGCCUCUUUGAAAUGGCAAAAUUCAGUCAUCUAUUCUAGUUGCUUGCACAAGCGCCAAUCUGACCCACAAAAAGUUUUCCUGAAGCAUGUGAACCUAAACUAACAGUCCUAUUAUAUUCCAGAGACUUAGAUUCUUGACUGGAUGCACACCAGGCUCUUAGUUUUCCUUCUUCUUCCAGAAAACUAUAAUUGCCACUUCUAUAAAAUACCUACAUUGGUUUUUUGUGUUCAUUGCAUUUUAAAUGGCUUUGAAUAUUCAUAAUAGAGUUGGAACAAGUAUAGAAUAUGUGUGCAGCUCUCUCUUUUUUAAAAGUAGAAUUUGUUAGGUAAAUGUUUAAUACUGGACACUUUAAAAGUCAGCAGAACAUGAGCCAAUUUAAUAUGACUAAGAAUGUCUUAUUUUGUUUUGCAACUGUGGUAAUGUGGCAAUUUGUAACUGAAAACAGCCCAUUUUCAUUUAGGUAACUAUUAAUUAAAGUAUUUUGUAGCUUACUUUUCCUGUACUCAAGGUGGCUAACAACAACAGUGAGACAAUUUACCAAAAUAUAAGCAAAGAGCACAGCAUACAAUUAAACCAUGUAGAUUCACCAGAACUUUGACAAUAUGAGUGGCAUGAAUAAGUCAUAGGAAGGGCCUAUUGCCCUACAGAUGGCAGUAGUUGGCAGACAGAUUGGUUAGUGUGAUUUUAUUAUUUUACAUCUAUAUCUUAACUGUCCUCCAAGUAGCUGUCUCUCUCCCUUUUAUAUUUACAACAACUCUGUGAGGUAGGUUUGGCUGAUAGACAGUGAUUGGUCCAAGCUUCAUAGAUGAGUGGGGUUUUAAACUCUGGUCCAAAAGCAUGUACAAAGAGCAUGGAUGGCAUGGAUUGGGCCAUAACACAUUGCCAAUCCCACUUACGUAGGUGUUUUAUUAAUGCACAUUUGUGAAUGUUAUACCACAGUAUUUUAAUUGUUAGAUGCAGAUUUUGCGGAGUGACUUUAUCGUACUGAACCUUUUGGAAUUUUGUCUAUAUGCCAGUAAAGGUUUGAGAUUGAGAUUGAAUUAAUAUAUAACACUCCUGGAGCUCAGAAGUGGUUUCCAAGCUGCAGGGAGCAUGCGAGAAGAGACCCCUUUUAUGUCAUCUACUAUAGGAAGAAAAAACCUUUGCACUUCUAAUACACCACCAACACACUGAUAUACAGGAGAACUGUAGUGCUUUUGUAUUCUUCAAAAGUUACUGCUUCCAUAGAUCUGCAUCUAUAAUAACUCAGUGGUAGGUCCCAGGUUCUCCAGGGGAAAGACUCCUGAAACUGUGAAGGGGUGCUGCCAGUCUGUGUAGACAAUACUGGGCUCAAUGGAUCAAUGUUCUGACUAAGGUCUGAGGUGGCUUCUUAUGCAUCUGGUUGCUGCAUGAUUCUGUGAGUGCUCCAUUCACAUCUUAACUAUGAUUUAGCCAAUAUGUGUGACAUUAGAGUGAAGUGAGAGAGACGAGGAAGAGAGUGAAAAGGAAAAAGUCUGGCUGGGUGAGUGAUCAAGUAUCAAUGUGAAAGCAGACAAAAAUACUCCCGGUCAAAAGUCAAUAAACUGGGUGCUAAAAGAGUAAUUUGAAGUGUUCUGGGGAUCUUGCUUCACAGCUGCUGUUUAAACAGCUGGCCCUGUAAAAAGGAGAAGAAAAUACCUUGAGGGCACAAAGCUUUCUGUGCCAGUAAACUCUUCUCACUUUGUAAAAGCGAUGCCAGUUGCUGAAACUGUAGUCGUAUUGAUUGUUUAAAAAACAAACACAGAACAGUAUGUUAAACUAAGAAUGCAGCAGCGAUGUUAGUCUUGUUCUGUUGGCUUCUGAGCAGAGGCGGCAAAGUUGAAGUCAAGGUCUUUGUACCUCACUAGGCCAAACAAACCAUGUGUUGGUACUGGAACUGGUUGUCUGACAGUUUCAGUCUUAUCCACCCCCUCCAGACCCGAACAGACACUUGGGCCAAACCAGUAAUUUCCUGGUGGUUCAUUUUUCUGUGCUUGGAAAUGUUACUGAAAUAUCUGGCUUCGGAUUUAGUUAUGGGAGCUCACAAGGUAAAAUAUAAGGCUUGCAUGUAGAAGGUCACAGGUCCAGUCCUGGCAUCUUCAGUUAAAAGGAUUCACAAAGCUUAGUCCUUGGAAACCCGCUGCCAGUCAGGGCACCCAACACUGGCUAGAUGGGUCAGUAGUCUGACUCCAUAUAAUAGCCUUACAUUGUAUGGUAUUUUUGCGACUUUACGGAUGUAGCUUUCGAAAGCACAAAAGGUUAUGAAAACACGCAUUUGGCUAUUGCAUACAUGGAUUUAUUCAAUUUCCUGUCGGGGUAGUAUGUACCGGGCUUAUGAUGCAAUAUAUGUGGGCUCUAAAUUGCCAGUGUGUAAUUGCAGUGUUCACCAGAGAACUGUAGCUUAUUUACUUUAACUCAGCACCAUGACUUCAGCAUGCCUAAGCGGGGAAAGGGAAGGCAAGACGUGGUUUGGCAAGGCCUCUCGCUCCUUUUGGAGCUAUUUGUCUCCAAUGCUAGCUGCAGAAUAUAAUUGAUGCUAAGUGCCUGACACUGAUAAUUUUGGGUGUUUCCGGUCAUGCUUCUGAUCAAUGCAGAGCCAAUACAAAGAACUGUUGUGCCAAUGCUGGCAUGUGCGUGGUAUUUGAGCUAGCUUUGGAAGCUAUAUCAGGGAUAACCAUUAAUCAUAUCAACCCACAUUUCAAGGAUGUUCACCACUUACACUGUAACUAAAAGGUGGGAAACCUUUUUCAGCCGGAGGUCUCCAUUUCCUCGUGGCAAACUUUGCGGUCAUGGCAGUGGUAGCAUGACAGUGGUCAGCAAACCCAGAGGCAGAAGUGGGUGGCACAACAGAUGUGCCUCAUUACCUCUUUUCUUUUUCUAGUAGGCUACAUUACAGCCACACAAAAGUCAAACUGAAUUUUCAGGCAUCCAGGAAAAUAAGAGGCAUGAUCUCAGUUCAAAGACUUAUUCCAGCUAGGGAAAAGCAUUCAAAAAGAGCGCAGAGCAAGGCUGGAAAAGGAUGUGACAUGGGGAGAAUCCCAAGGGCCAGAUAAUGAUUUUUGGAGGGCCACUUUCAGCACCCGGGAUUGAACUUUCUCAGCCGUACAGUAGAUGUUUCAUUGAUACAAUGUGGAGCUGCAACUGCAAUAAGCAGUAGCAGCAAAUGAUGUGCUUAUCUAAAAUUAUCUAUUGCCUCGGAUGUUGCACCCCAGAAGAAUUAAGAUUAGUGCUUGAGCAUACGUGUAACUGAUAGCUUGCAAUGCUGGCGCUGCAUUGGCUCUGAGUAGAGCAGAAGCUGUUUCGUCCGUUACUUGAAACAUUCAUUGCAUGUGAAGACCUCCCAAAGAAAGACACAGUUGUCACCAAUACAGUGGUACCUCGGGUUACAUACGCCUCAGGUUACAUAUGCUUCAGGUUACAGACUCCACUAACCCAGAAAUAGUGCUCCAGGUUAAGAACUUUGCUUCAGGAUAAGAACAGAAAUCGUGCAGCUGCGGCACAGCGGCAGCGGGAGGCCCCAUUAGCUAAAGUGGUGCUUCAGGUUAAGAACGGACCUCCGGAACGAAUUAAGUACUUAACCUGAGGUACCACUGUAUUAGUUUAAGAUUAUUGGCAUAAUUUUGGCCACAACUUUAUUGAUUACAGAAUGUGAGUGGUUUGCUUAGGCAUUAGUUUGACUAGCUGCACCUACAUCUCCAGCAGGGCAGCACUGACAACUGGACACUGGCAGAAGUCAAUAAGGGUAAACAUACUGGGGGAACAUUGGUCCUACCACAGACACAACCUCACCCCAAAAUGCUCCCAGGUGCUCUGGCGUGGCCGUAACCCCUGGAAGGGGAUCGGACAAAAGCAUGGUGAGCACCUGGAUUCAUUUAACGGAAUACCCUAUCACACAUUGGGAGUGGCAGGUGUGACAAUCUCCCCUCCACCACACCUUGAACCAAUGUCUAACCACCAAACCUUACAAAGUUGUGACGAUUUGCUACGCGGCAGGAGAAACUCAAGUGGCACCAGCCAAUCAACCAAAUGGGAAAAAGCAGAUGACCCACAAUGGCAUAGCAAGACCCUAAAUAUAGGGAGAGUGGGCAGGUGAUCCGAUGCACGAGGCGCUAAGAGGCAACAUGCAGCGGUAUAAGUAGGUCCCCCGGCUUCAAAUUGUCUCAACCCCAUUGGCCAGAAUUACCUCAGCAACCGAGGGACCCAAUUGGCUAUCCAAACGAUCCCACCCAUGCAAAUGGUGAGGUCGGUCUUGGUGAACUCUCUGCAAUGCAUGCCCUCCAUGAUGAGGACAUGAUUUGUCCUCUAGGUAUGCAAAUGGAAUGAGUUCUUAGUAUUGCUUUACAGAUGUAAACGCAUGCCCCACAGACGUUUCUCUUUUGGAUGGCAGUUCACAUGCACAAUACUAUGGCCUUUUAAAUGUGUCUGUGCAGUGUAUUGGCUUGUAUUUUUUGUUUUGUUGUUUUUAUGUAGUUUGUGUUUGUGAUCUUUGGAUGCAGGGCGAUCUAUAAAUGUGAUAAAUAAAUAAACAAUUUCUGGCAGAGGAUCUGCAUUGCAUGGAAAUGGUAUGGGUGUGCAUGUGCCUUGAUUAUUACAUUUGCUUAGGUCUAAUUCAUAAAAUCUCCGCUUUUCCCAAAAUAGGCUUUAGUGUCUAUGAUUGUGGUCCCUGCAUCACAUCUUGCUUGCUUUGAAAAGGGCGAAGGAAUUGUUCCUUCAAUUCUUAUCCUAGAUCUGGGCCCCAGCAAAAUACACGAACUGGGUAGGAGUGUGUUUAUUCUGUAUGUUACUUAUUAUUAAUGAUCAAAGGUUGCAUCCAUUGGUUGUACAAUUGCAAGCCAACUCAUUCAAUCCAUCUUUUUCUUCCUCUUGUACCCCUUCCCAAAAGAAAACCUGUCUGAGGUGGGAGAGAGGAAUCACCUGAAUAUGGUUGAAAGGAUUUUGCUGCAAACCUCUUCAGUCAACUGUCCCCUUCCAUGGCAGCCUCAUGUGACACAACGCCUUAUUCUCAGGGGGAACCCCCUCAUCAACCCUCUGAAGAUUUUGGGAUAGUGCCAUGGUGAUAGGGAGAGAUGGGGAAAAGAGAAAUCAGUUGUGUGAGCUGUAUCCCAUGCACACAACCCAUUGGGUACAAACCCAAAUUAAUUUCUUGCCCACCUUUUUGGACUCACUCUUCACAAGGCAGUUCUGUAAACAUGGGAGUGGGUAGGAAACUGAAGGUCAUAUUUUAAUAUUUGGAAUGCAGCUGUGUGCCAGCAAUUUAUUUCCAACCCAGUAAGCUGCUAAAAUGUACAUUUUUCAGAUAAUAUGCUCCUUGUUAAGCUGGCUUGAUUUAAAAUCCUGAAAGAUUUAAAGCUUGUCUAACAUCAGUGAUCCACAUGUUUAACACGAAACAAAAUAGUUAAAUCAUUGUACUGCAGAGACGUGGCCUUCCUUGUGUAAAUCUAAGAAUGACUAACUUAGAGGUCUCCCACAACUGAGGCCAUCUGUGCACCAUAAGUUUAAAGCACUAUGGCACAAGUCAUGGCUCCCCACAAAAAAUUAAAAGGAACUGCAGUUUGCUAAGGAUGCUGAGAGUUGUUAGGAGACCCCUACUUUCCUCAUGGAGCUACUGUUUCCAGAGUUUCCUGGGAAGAGGAAUUGAUUGUUAAACCAGGAAUUGUAGCUCUGUGAAUGGGAUAGGGGUCGCCAAACAACUCUCAGCACUCUGAAAAUCCCAGGAUUAUUUUGUGGCAAGCGCUGUUUGUUCAAAGUGGUAUAAUGGUGCUUUAAAUGCAAGAUAGACCUAGUGGUCACUAUAAUUCUGUCCUAAAAUAAAACACAGCCACAUUUUAUGUUAUGUUAUAACAAAUUUGAAUUGUAAUGUAGUAGUCAUUCAUUUUUACAAUAUAUCCCACUUUUCCUCAAAGAAGCUCAAGGUAAUGAACCUGAUUUCCCCUUUCCAUUUUACCUAUAUGUUGGAUUCCAAGGCAUUAUAAACAGCCUUGUCUCUUUUCUAAUGUAUUCAUAUCCAAAGGUAUAGUCCUGAAUAAGCUAUCACCACUCCAUACUAGAUAUGUGGGAUGAGUUAUAGGAUUCUAGGCAGGUUUCAGGACAGAGAAGAAAGAAGGCACCAUAUUUGGCCUUUGAUAACUUAGGAGCAUAAAUAUAUACACCGUUGGCUUCAGAUUCCUGCCAGGGAAAGAAUAUGUUCUGGUAGAGUGUUUUUCCAUGCUCAGCCUUAUGAGCCCUGCAUUUGAUUUGAACAUUUUCUGUUUCAUUUGUUAGUCAGUGCAGAAGUAGCUCACAUUCGUCAGUCUUUCUAUAUACGCGUAGACAGAUCUUAGUAAACAACUUGCAUGUUUAUGAACACAUAAACCCAUGAAAGUACUGACUGCGGGAUGACCAUGUAAGGUCUGUUUUGCAUUCCUUCCCAUUUUCUCCACUAAAAGACAUGGUGGCAUGUCUGUUAGUUCUUAAUAGGCCUGUGCACUUUUGGGCAAAUCCUUAAGCACCUUGCUCAGUAUGUGAUUUGCAAAAAUUACCCAAAUUUAGGCUUGCUCUGCAUCGGUGGCUGAAACCCCUUUUCAACAGGGGCCUCAUUCUCUUCCAGUGUGGCCUCAUGCCAGAGGUGCAUAGUGGGUGGAGCAAAAAAAAGAGUGACUUUACAUUUUUGCAGUGGGUUACUUUGCAUCCAUAGAAAUGCCUGGUGUUUCCACACACACACACACACACACACACACACACACACACACACCUGCAUACACAAAACUCUCAGUCUUCCAUACAGGCAAGCAAAAAGCAUGAUUACAGCUCUAGGACACAUUGCACCCAAGCAUAAUAAUAAUAAUAAUAAUAAUAAUAAUAAUAAUAAUAAUAAUUUAUUUAUUUAUUUAUACAUACAUACAUACAUACAUACCCUGCCCAUCUGACCCGGUUUCCCCAGCCACUCUGGGCGGCUUCCAACAAAAUAUUAAAAACAGAAUAAAACAUCAAACAUUACAAACUUCCCUAAACAGGGCUGCCUUCAGAUGUCUUCUAAAAGUCAGAUAGUUGUUCACUUCCUUGACAUCUGAUGGGAGGGUUUUCCACAUGGCGGGUGCCACUACCAAGAAGGCCCUCUGCCUGGUUUCCUGUAAGCUCAUAUCUCGCAGUGAGGGAACUGCCAGAAGGCCCUCAGAGCUGGACCUCAGUGUCUGGGCUGAACAAUGGGGGUGGAGACAUUCCUUCAGGUAUACUGGGGCGAGGCCGUUUAGGUCAGCACCAACACUUUGAAUUGUGCUUGGAAACAUACUGGGAGCCAAUGUAGACACUCAAGGAGGACACAGAACUGGCCACUGAGGGCUGUGGCCUGGAGAGUGGCAUGGCAGAAGCGCCAAAUCGCAUCACGCAGACGCAGCGCUGCAGGUUACGAACGCUGCGGGUUGUGGACGUGCCUCCGUCGUGGAUUACGUCCGCAACCCAAGGUUCGACUGUACAAAUAUGUAACAUGAUAUUCCAUGAAAUACACAGGCAAAAGUGAACCUAGAUGGGAUUCAUGCUAAAGAAAAAGCAAAUGUUCACUCCCCACCCCCUUUAAAUAGUAAGAAAAGCAAUACCCACGAUAUAUUAAAUCUGUCUUUUAUUAAAAUCCUGAUUAUUUAGCUUGAUAUAUAUGAAAUACCAUGAGGCAUAUUGGCUUUCCUGGUUGCCUUCCAAAAAGUGACCUCACAUUGCAUGCAGAUAUGGAGUGUGAUCCUAACUUAUGAACUUUAAAUUCAGUUUAGCCGCUGCACCAUUCAAGAAUCAGUACUUGGCUGCCUGCCAGAAUUGCUCUGGAUUUAACGGCACAUAAAAUUAAAAUCCUGAGCCAGACUUGAAGCGGAAUCCUCUCUUUGCAUCCACAGAGGAAUGUAGAAAGAUAUAUUUCACAGCUCUGCUACCAGAGGGCCUUUUAACUGGAAAUGGCAUGGAAUGAAACAAAGACUUUAUGCAAGCCAGACCAUGCAGUGUAUGCAUUGCUGCUAAACCAUUACCCUUCCCCUGCUACAGAUAAAUUUAUGGCCAUCUUUUAGGCCUGGUUCAGCCUUCAGGAGCAGCGUCCAUGCAGAAAUUGCUUAAAUGUCCAGGAAAAUCCAGACCUAUGGCAACCCAUAGCUCAACAACUUUUGUGUCUGGAUUUUCACUUUCUGAAAUAUGGCAACUUUCCUUCUCUUCUGGUCAAUCUGCUGUUACACUGUCCUGCGCUAAACCAUAGCUUGACUUAGCAUGCUGCCUGAACCGGAACACCCUUAGCACGCUGCCUGAACCUAUGGUUUGCAGUUCAUGGUUUGUCUGGGAGAGCUGUAUUCUAAAGACUUGCUAAAUCAAACCAUGGUUUAGCACCUCACAGCAGCAGAAUGGCCUAAUAAUAAUAAUAAUAAUAAUAAUAAUAAUUUAUACCCCGCCCAUCUGGCUGGGCUUCCUCAGCCACUCUGGGCGGCUUCCAAAAAAAUAUUAAAAUACCAUAAUACAUCAAUCAUUAAACGCUUCCCUAAACAGGGCUGCCUUCAGAUACCUUCUAAAAGUCUGGUUGUUGUUGUUCUCUUUGACGUUUGGUGGGAGGGCAUUCCACAGGGAGGGCGCCACUACUGAGAAGGCCCUCUGCCUGGUUCCCUGUAACUUGGCUUCUCGCAGUGAGGGAACCGCCAGAAGGCCCUCGGUGCUGGACCUCAGUGUCCGGGUAGAAUGAUAGGGGUGGAGAUGUGCCUUCGGAUAUACUGGACCGAGGCAAAGCAGCAACGAUUUCUUCUUCCAGAGCUUGUGAGGGCAUGUUAAGCCAUAGUUUGGUUUAGUGUGAUGUGUCAACCAGGCUUAAUCUGUAUGAAGCAAAUUUUAAUGAUAGGGUGCACCCAAGUUUCAAGCUAAGUACAAUUCAACCUUCAGAGCUGAGAAAGAUGUCGUGUAAUUUGUGAUCAUACUGCUUUGUGGAUGGGUUAAAGCUAAAGGACCCCUGGAUGGUUAAGUCCAGUCAAAGACAACUAUGGGGUGUGGCGCUCAUCUCACUUUCAGGCUGAAGGAGCCGGCGUUUGUCCGCAGACAGCUUUCCAGGGCAUGUGGCCAGCAUGACUAAACUGCUUCUGGCACAUGGAACACAGUGACGGAAGCCAGAGCACACAGAAAUGCCAUUUACCUUCCUGCCGCAAGGGUACCUAUUUAUUUACUUGCACUGGUAUACUUUUGAACUGCUAGGUUGGCAGAAACUGGGACAGAGCAAUGGGAACUCACCCGGAUUCGAACUGCCGACCUUCUGAUCAGCAAGCCCAAGAGGCUCAGUGGUUUAGACCACAGUGCCACCUGCGUCCCUUUUGUGGGUGGGACCGAAAUACAAAUAGCAUACCAGACUCAAAGGAUCUUUUAGGCAGAAAUGAAUGCAACAGACCAGAACAAUCUGCAAAUUCAAGCAGCACCUCAGUGAAAUAAAUCAAGCAAAUAAGGCAUAGUACAAAGGAAAAUUAAAUCAAUAGUCCAAUGAACAUGAAUCCUCGGGGUUGUCAGUUCCUUCCUACCUCAAGCAUGGAAAUCUGAAGCAGUGAAUUCAAAUGAGCAGUAAAUACAUAUAGAUAUAGUACAACCAUUACAGACAUGUGUCAUCUCAGAGUGCAAGUGUGUUUCCCUGGGAGAGAUGCUUUUCCAUGACAGUAUCAGUCUUCCUGUUUCUAGAAAGUGAAUAUGUUGGGGGUAGGGAAUGCAGAAGUAAAGCAUCUGGCUAAUCUUCUCUCAUCCCUAAAUCUGCAGUAGGGAGAGCUUUGUAAUUCGAAGUUCUGUGGGCAUACAAAUUGCCAGUUCUAAACAGAAUAAAUGAGUCACAUCUUGUAUUUAUUUCAGGGACAUGCUUCUGCUUUCAGCUUCCAUGUCAAUGGAAAUGUCAUCAAAGGGAAGGAUAAAGGUCUUCCUUUGAACAAGCCAUAAUUAAGGAAAAUGUUGCCAGUUGUCUGUCUUUCUUAAAUAAAAUGAAAAUUAGAUUGGAAUAAAUCAGUCAGAUUUUAUCAUUGUUUUUUUUCCAUUUAGAUUAUCAUUUUUUAAAAAAAUGAAUUUGAGUUGCGAAUGUACAGAACCACAUAAAACUUCUUUAAACAUUUUGAGAAAUGGACUAUUAGGGAAGAAUCUGUUUUCUUUGGAAUUUGGCUGUGACUGGGGGAAGCCCUUACAGGGGUCACCAAUGUGGUGCCACCGAUACCAGUCUACAGCACCCGUGAAAGGCCUAAGUAAAUAUGCCUUAAAAAUGCACAAUAUGUGAGAGAUUGCUUGAUCAUCCUCUCAUCUUCUCUCCUUUUUUUCUGGGUUCUCGGCACCUGCAUGAAAUUAGGCCAAUGCAACCUUCAACCAUAGGCUCCCCAUCUCUCCCUUAUGUGAUGGAAGAGCGUUGCAUAUGGAACAAUGCUUUGUUAGCCCCAAGGACUGAGUGGUGAUACAUUAGAAUCAAAUGUUGGAAGAGCCUUGUUUUGGUUAGGAACAGAAGCAGGAGUUUUUUCCAUAAAGGUAUAGAGUUUUGCUGUGCCCAAAUCAGGCAAAAUGGUUGAUUAUUUAUUAAAUUAUGGCUUUUCUGCUUGGUAUAGUUCCUGUCUACACACACAUGGUAAAUGUUUGGAAAAAGCUACAGGGAUGCCAUCGAGAUUUAUCAAAUUCCAGGCUGGGAGAAAACUGCAAAUAUCAGCUUGCUUCCAUAUUUGUAAAGAAAAGCACACUCUGUAUUUUGCUCUGCCUUUAAUGGUAUUAGUUGCAGUUAGAAUUGUGUGCUGGAAAGUCAGUAUGAAAAUAAAGGAAGUCCAUGGAUGAGGAACAUGAAAUUUGCAAAGUGUUUUUUCUACAGCUUAUUUGGAGAACCAGUUCCCUGUUUCAGAGGGUUAGUAAUGCACUUUGGGAGAGGGAAUGUAACUGCAACUUAAUUCUUUAUUGCAGUGUUAUUCCAGACACAUAAUAGAUGGGAUGACGGCAUUUUCUGUCUGCUCUGUAUCUGUCUAAGGAGAGAGUUCCUGUAAACUCAUUCAGUUUUUAAGCACCCUCAGAAUAAUUUCUUCCAAAGUUUAGAACUGUGUAUUCAUGAACAUUCUCUGCUACAUAAUAGAGCUGGUCGAUGACAGCUGAAGUACUGUAACAUAAACAUUUUAUUAGCUUUAAAGCUGAAAUGAACCUACUGAGAGGUAAUAACCUUCACACAAAUAUGAAAUUGUACAAAAUGCCUUCCUUCUGAUGCGAGAUUCCUUGGGUUUUGUGAGCUUUCUUUAACCAUGAAGAGAUGAAUUCUAUCACUAAGCACCAGUGAUCUCUCAGAAAGAUUUGUUAUAUUUUAAAAUUGUCUGGUUUCACAACGUGCCUUCAAAAUGCAGAUUGUAUAUACAGCAGGUCAUGGGAGUGACCCUUGAACUUGUAAAUAAUCCCUCACUGCACGGUUUCUGGGAUGAACUAGGUCUCAUGUGAGGGUGUGUCUGAUUCUGUCCAUCUAGCAAUACAGUGGUACCUCGGGUUACAUACGCUGCAGGUUACAUACGCUUCAGGUUACACACUCCGCUAACCCAGAAAUAGUGCUUCAGGUUAAGAACUUUGCUUCAGGAUAAGAACAGAAAUCGGGCAGCAGGAGGCUCCAUUAGCUAAUGUGGUGCUUCAGGUUAAGAACAGUUUCAGGUUAAGAACAAACCUCCGGAAUGAAUUAAGUACUUAACCCGAGGUACCACUGUAUCUGGAAGGCCACAGUUUCCCCAUCUCUGUCACAAGAGGUGCCUACUGAGUGUUUAUGUGUUGGCUGCUAUGCCUAUGAUCAUUUCCUUUGGAGUGAUUAUAAAGCGUCUUGACAUUUGUUCCAACUCGCUGGCAAGUGUAGCUGUAAAAUACGGUAUAGCUUCCCAAAUCCAAACCUGAAAUUGCUCUCAAAUCAAAAUAGUUCACACAGGGAAAUGUAAUAAGGAAUUCAUUUGGCUUACUUAGUCUUCUAUGAUCACAUUUUCCAGUAUAUUACUGGUGCUUUCUUUUCAAAAGCUCCAUAAAUCAAAGGGGGGCGGUGGGUUGGUUGCAAGUUUAUUUCUCAUAGUUGCUACUUUUUUUUUGCUCAGCCUUCUCAGAGCCUAUAAGAGGACAAGGGAAAGAUAUGGGAAAACUGCCAAUAUCUGCUUUGUAACUUCCAGCCAUAUCUGUUAGACGGAAUACCGAUUUUUCUUAUCAUGUUUAUAGGAUGCUGUUGUGAACCUAAUUUGUUCCUGCUGCUGAAAUAUACCCACUAUUAGUAGCAAUCCUAUCUUAAAAUACUGCUUGAAAACAGAGAUGCAUUUUUAACUAACUAAUCCCCAAUAAUGUUCAAGCUGGUGACAUAAUAGCUUGAAACAACAGCCUUUUAUUGCACAAACUGGAUUUUCUCUUUUGCGCUAUAAAAUCUAGCUUAUUGAAAAUGUAUAAUAUUCCAUGAGUUUGAAGGGUUUCCAAAUGGCUUCAUUUCCAAAUCUUUAUGUCAGCAGUGGCACAUUAGGGAUAGCAAAUUAAUGAUUCUGGCCUGGGCUUGUGACUCCUUGCAUCCUGAAUAAUAGGACACAGACAUUCAUUUAGACAACUUUAUUUCCAAAACCAUCAUUCAGGGGCCUCAGGGCCCCUUCUUGCCAUGUGGUUUUGACAACUUGCUUUUCAGUACAGUAUUUAAAGGGAAAGUUGUUCAUGAGCUUGAAUGGCUGCGCUUUCUCUUGUGAGCUGUUGAAAUGAUUAGUUCUAUUGUAUCCAGUUUGCAUCAAAGAGAAAGUACGGUAAAUGGUGUAACACAGAGCCAAUGUGGUGCAGUGGUUAGUAGGCAAUUCAAUUUCAAACUCCUGUUCAGCUGAGCUUCCUGAGUGGCCAAGGGUUUAUCUGUCAGCCUAACCUACCACACAGGGUGGUAGUGAUUAGGUUUCUGCACUGCUCUGAGCUCCCCAGUGAAUUUCCCUCUAUAAUUCCUAGUGUUUAUAUGCCACUUUACAGGGCAAAAGAAAGACACAAGCUUGGCUUCCUCGACUGCUUUGAAUAGGUUUAAUUUGGAACACAGAAAGCUACCUUAUACCAAAUCAGAUCAUUGCUCCAAGUAGCUCAGUGCUGUCUACACUGACUGGCUGCAGCUUUCCGGAGUUUCAGGCAGGGAACUCUCAGCGCCACCUGCGGAUGCCAGGGAUUGAACAUGGUACUUUCUGCAAAGCAGAUACUGUACCACAGGGUUGCGGCCGUUCUCACAAAAGGGAAAGAUGGUAGUCACUUGUAAAUAGCUACCUUGCUCAUUGCCUAUGGCAAUAACUGGCUCCAGGUGAGAAGGGAAAAAUAUUUAUUUGUAAAUCAGAAGAAAAUUAGCUCUACUUUUUAUGCAUGCCAUAUGCAUGCCAUGUAUGAAGCUGCCGUAUAUUGAAUUGGGCAGUCCAAUGUUUCCAAUAUGUCAUAUCCUAAUAAGGCAGGCUAGAAAUCCAUUAAUUGUUGUUGUUAUUUCAUCUGUGAAGAACUCACACCUCUCUCUCUCUCUCUUUCCCCCUUUUUUCUAGAUAAGCUACUAAUUCUAACUGUUGCGACAAAGGAAACGGAUGGCUUUCACAGAUUCAUGCAAUCAGCAAAGCAUUUCAACUACACUGUAAAGGUAUUGUGUACCCUCCUCCUCUUUCAAAAUAUGGAAAAUAGUUUCUCUCUGUGUGUGAAUUCACACACACACACUCAUAAAAUAAACCACUGUAGAAUGAAGUCAUGGAAAAUACCACUUCGGUCAUUUGCUGCAUACCUUUGCCAAUUCAGAAUUACUCCCUACUGUAGGCUUAGUAAUCUUUCACCUAGUCUAGCUCUUAAUAUUCCAGAUGGUGGAGUUUUCUACUUAGCUCAGGAGGCUAUUCCACAGGCUUAUAGAUUUAAGGGCUGGCAAGGUUUUAUCCACAGUCUGUGUAAAUAUUAUCUCUUUUCCUUUCCAGUUAACUUAUGCUUAUGCUUGGUAACUAUUUUCAUCCGAAAGCAUCCCCCUUAUAUUCUGCAUCUUCAGAAUAAAAUGCACCCAUUUCUUGGAAUUUAUAUCUCCUCCUUAUUUUUGGCCUUAUCCCAACUGCUGCUUUAAAAAAGUUACUUCUGCGAGGAAUGUGUGCUCCUCCACUUGGUUCUGUAGGAAAACACUGAUAACUGAAAUAGGCUGUAAAGGACUUAGCACUUCAACUUUAAAGGGAAUUUCCUAUCAGAGAGGUCCAGAGCAAUGGAGGUCAAUAAAAAAUAUUUUGCUUAGCAGAUUCCCACGGGCCUGACUGCAAGGCAUAGAGAUAUGACAUGUACUGAGUCAGAUUACUGGCUAAUCUAAGUUUAGUAUUGCUACACUGACCAGUAGCAGCUCUCAGGGGUUUUGGACAGGAGAUUUUCUCACUCCUACUUGGAGACAUUAGUGACUGAACUUUGAACUUUCUGCAUGCAAUGCCUGUACUCUGCCAGUGAAUGUAGGAAAUUUAGGAAACUGCAUUUCACCGUGUCAGUCCUAUGGUCCAUCUAAUUCAAUGCAGUCUACACUGACUGGCAACAGCUAUAGGAUUUUAAUCCCAGCCCAACCAGAGAUUGAACCUGAGACUUAUUGUACCACUGAGCUAUGGCCCUGCCUCCUUUUAAAAGCCCUUUUUAAAACCAUCAGUAUUUGCUUGCUACUUAAUAUGUGACAAAGAAGCUGGGUCAUGCCUGGCAUCACAAUCAGGCUCCGCAUGUUGUUUUGUGAACAGGGCUAAGAACUUUUGUGUAUGUAAGGUCUUUCCACAUAAUCAGGAUUCAGCAACCCCCAAAAAGGUAAUUUCCAGUUGUGUGGACAUUUCCUAUACAUGCACAAUUUAUUUUGUGCAUGGAAGGAAGAAGCUGGUGUAGGCAACACGCAGUUCUCUUAAUUCAGUUCUCAGAGCCUUUAUCCCUUUUCUUCAGCUAAAAUAGAUUAAAAAGAAAUCCCGGCCAACCAACUAAACAAAUACUAUUCCAUCCUGAAUGCACCAUCUGUUCUGGCACCUCAACACUAUGAAGGUGCUUUAGCUGUGAUCGCAUGAAUGUUUAUCCCACUGUGAUGGCCAGGAAUGAAACACAAGCAGUGCAGGAUUCCUUUUUGCAAAUGAGGCAAAACUUUACAAUUACCACUGCCCAAUGAAACUCCUCCAACAUGCGGAUUAGUGGUGUUUGUCUCCAUUGUCCACAGUGUCCUAGUCCAGUUGUGAUUUAUCCUUGGAAAUACUCUACUUAUCUAGUUUAAGAAUCAAAAGCUUUCCCCUCUCUUUCUCAGCAAGUUGGUGCUUUGAGCGACUUAUGUGGUGGAAAGUAAUUGCUGGGUUACUGUUUGCUUAGGAAUCGCCUCUCAUAUUUCUAGAGUGAUGUCAUAGUGCUCAGGACUGCUUGGGACAUGGAAAAUUUAUGGGCAGUGAAAUCCUGUCUUUAAUAUGUCUAAACUGUUGCAAGACAUGGGAGGUGUGUGUUGAGCUUUGUUGUAACUUGUUUUCAGCCUAAACAUGUUGACUUCAAAAUAAGUUUCUUUUCUACUCAUUGACGUACAGGAAAUGCACUGAGAAUUAAAAUGUGAUAGGGAAACAGUGUUUCUUCUUUGGAAGUGAAUUGAGGAUUCCCCCCCCUCUAAUCCACUAGAUAGGACAACAGUAAUCAUAUUUAAGAAAAAGUCUGAUUUAGAAAGGGUUGAGCAUUUGACAGGCCCCAUAAGACCUGAGAAACUGGCUGAUAAAAUGAUAGCUGACUUUUUACUAGCCCUCCAUAAUCCACUUGCAGCUCUGUCUUGUGCAGUUUAUUGAUUGAUUGUGUUUGUACCUCACUCUUUUUCCCAAAGGAGGCCAGGGUGGCAAACAAUUCAAUUUGAAAUAAAAACCCCUAUUUAAAUCCAAUUAAAUACCACCUUAAAACAUCUAAGGGGGACGCGGGUGGUGCUGUGGUCUAAACCACUGGGCCUCUUGGGCUUGCCCAUUGGAAAGUCGGCGGUUCGAAUCCCCACGACGGGGUGAGCUCCCAUUGCUCAGUCCCAGCUCCUGCCAACCUAGCAGUUCAAAAUCACAUCAAAGUGCAAGCAGAUAAAUAGGUACCGCUCUGGCGGGAAGGUAAACGGUAUUUCCGUGUGCUGCUCUAGUUUCACCAGAAGUGGCUUAGUCAUGCUGGCCGCAUGACCUGGAAAAACUGUCUGCGGACAAACGCCGGCUCCCUCGGCCAGUAAAGCAAGAUGAGCACCUCAACCCCAGAGUCGUUCGCGACUGGACUUAACUGUCAGGGGUCCUUUACCUUUAAAAACAUCUAAAACACCUAAAAACAUUAAAAAGCUACCACAGACCCUCACAGUCACUAAUUUUGAAGUUCCAUCAGCUGUCAAAUGCCUGGGUAAACAGGAAUGUCUUUAUAUUUCUCUGGAAAGUUGAUAAGGGGGAGAAAGACAUAGCUCACCAGGGAGGCAUUCCACCAAUGGUGAACUACCACUAAGAAGACUCAUGGGUCAUGGGUCAGUGCCAAAAAGGCAGGAGACAGAAGCAACGCCACUAACAGCCUCCUCUGCUGACAGUAGGGCUUGUGGUGAUUUACUGCAACCAGUGCCUUUAGUUCCAGCAGCAGGUAUUGGUCCCCCCCCCCCCCCGCCAAAGUCAAAUCCAUUGAUGGGCAAACAGCCAGUUCACUGAGUGAAUGCAUUCUCUGGUACCUGUAACAAGCAAGUUGGAGUUAUGGACUGCCCUAGUCAGUGGCUUUUGCCAUUGACAGUUGUUUGUGUUUUUGCUUGGAGAUGUCUGCAGUUGUAGCAGAUGUCCAUCAGGAGAAUACCAGGAGAUACCAAGACCUACUGGCAGAGGAAGAAGCCCAUCAGAGGACACAUUAGCCAGUCCCCCUGGAGCUGACACUAAUUUAUGGGAUGAAGACCAAAUACUAUCUCAAUGCUGAUCAAUAACGGUCCAGGUUGUGACAGCACACUCUGCUCAAGACCCUUUAUUAUUUAUCUUAGGUGCUGGGUAAAGGCGAAGAGUGGAAAGGAGGAGAUAUUCUAAACUCUAUCGGAGGAGGUCAGAAAGUACGCCUGUUGAAGUCUGCAUUGGAAUCGUAUGCUGAUCAAGAGGAUUUGGUGGUUAUGUAUGUUGACUGGUAAGAUAACUUAUUUAUUUUGGAUCCUGUACUUUGGACUGUGGAGGAAAAUCAGUUUUGUUGUGACAUGCUGUUGGUUAACAUGCAUAUAUUUCCCUGUGUCCUAGUUUUUAAAUGGGGAAAGCUAGUGUUUCUUUCCACUUCCAGAGAUUUUAGGCUGUAUAAGAAGCAGGCUUUGUUUGUUUAACAGAUUUACAGAUGCAGAAACUGUCAGCGGGGCAUGUUGUGUUCCUUGAAGGGAGGAGGGGGGAGUGGAUGUUAUCUAGCUUCAAGAAGCUGUGAGACACGCAGUCUAAAAUAAACAUUCCUGCUUUAUGAGUUAGAAAUUCCUGUCAGAAGUAAAUGGGUAAAUGACCUGCACAAUUGGCAGUUAAAUAAGAAAGUGUUCUUAUAAAGAAUGCACAGUGAGCGGUAGCAGCAAAUUUAUGUUAAACUUACAGCAGAUUCCUUCAACCUGGUGUCCUCCAGCUCUUACGCUCGACCAGUGGCCAUGCUGGCAGGGGUUUAUGGGAGCUGAAGUCCAACAACAUCUGGAAGACAGCAUAUUGGCUAAUUUCUAAAAUUCAGAGGUCCAGUGCUGGGAUGCAAGCUUUCCUGAUGUUGUAAUUCUUUCUGACUUGGGAGACUUCCUCCACCAGUCUCAGAUGUUUUGUGUGUAAACUGGCUGAAGUUAUUCAAUGAUGCCCUUCAUACAUGCUCCUAGAUCUUCUUCCCCAGCCCCAUGUUUUCCAGGCCCUCCUAUUGAAGAAAAUUGCAGGGCUGAGCCUGGUGAUCCAUAAUUCAUAUGAGGCUCAGAAGUAGAAGCUGUUAUUUUGGAGCCCUAACUCUUAGGGUGCAUGUUUUAUAAUUAAUUGGUGUCGCCUUUCAAAAAUAUUUUAGACAUUCUUUUGUAUUCUGUGUGUGUGUGUGUGUGUGUGUGUGUGCGCGCACACACACACACACACAUGUCCCCCUGUAUUCUGUACAGGUUUAUAGCUAAAGUGGGAAUUUCACCCAGCUUGGAGUUUGCGAGUAGAGAAUCAGAGGCAAUUAAUCCCUAGGAAAUGUUUAAUGGGAUUAGAGUUGCAAUAAAGACUAUCACAGUGAAGUCUAUUCCCUUCAUACGAUGUUGGACUACAACUCCCAUCAGCCCUAGCCAGUACCAACCGAUAGUCAUGGAUGAUGGGAGUAAUAGUCUUAACAGCAUGGGACAGCCGGCCAUUUCCCGGUCUGUUCUGUUUGGUUUGCUAGCAUAAAGAUUCAGACCCUUUGCAUGUGGUCUUUGUGUUACAAUGGUGAGUGUGGAAGGGAAAAGUCUGAAUCCUGCCUGCUGGCUCACUUAUUGAAUCAGUCCUUCACAUGUUGAAGAUGACAUUUGCACAAAAGUGUCUAAGCAUAUACAUGUCAGCAGGUGUGGAUUCUUAAUGAUGAAUAUCCAGUGCUAUUUUUCUAGAAAAAGAGGUGCCGGAACUCACCAUGAACAUAUCCCUCGUUCUCUUAGAAUGGCAAUGGCACCCACCUGAGAGAUGCCAGAAAUGAGUUCCUGUGAGUUCCCUCUUCAAAAAAGCCCCUUGCAUAACCUUCAUUUUUCAAGUGUGUGACAUUGCCUCCAAAGCAUGGAGGCUGGGCACCAUGAAUGAGCCAACCUAGUUGGUAAUGCCCUCCCCACCCUGAAUAUCUAGCUCUAUGGGGAAUAACUGUCUGGACUCGGCUUCAGUCACUUGAACAUGGCCUGUAGAAGCCUGCCAAUCUAACUUCCUUCCUAUGGGAGAAAUGGCAGGUCCUCUGGCUAUACUUAACACCGCAGCACAGCAUUCUCUGCUUCCCACAAUUAGUUAGGAGAGCAGCUUCUCCAAGACUUCAAAACAGGUUUUAAGACAUUCUCAAGGCGAGAAACCCAAAUAAUAAGGAAGUGGAAGACUUGAUGCGCAAUGUAAUGAGCUGCACAUUUCUUCUGAAACUUUCAUGCUGUUAGAGUUUCAAUUUCUGUCCAUAAGAAUUAGAUGCAUAUUCUUACUUUUUAAAAACCUAUUCGAGUCUUGCUUAUAUUGUUAGGUACAUUCAGGCUAAAGACCUUUUAUACACCUCAAGCAUUUGAAUGUUGAUAUCGGGUGGUUUUUAGCAGCUUUCUGUUUUAUUGCGCUGUGUGUGUGUGUGUGUGUGUGUGUGUGUGAGAGAGAGAGAGAGAGAGAGAGAGAGAGAGAGAGAGAGUUGUGGCAGGAAAUGUGUACUUUGUGGUGGCUGUUUACUGUGAUCAUUUUUAGAUGUCGUAUAUUUUCAAUAUUUACUAUGUAUGUCACCUUGAGAUCUCUGAGUAUAAGGCAACACAUGAAUUAAUAACAACAACAAUAACAACAAUAAUUUAUUUAUUUAUUUAUUUAAUAAAAUUUAUAUACCCCUUGAUUGUAGAAAAACCUCAAAUGACUUGCAGCUUCUCCCAGUAGCUCAUGACACAAAAAGUAUGGCCUGGUAAAUUGUGUUUUGCCAUGAGACAAAUGUUUUCAUGAUAGGAAAAAUACUCACUUUGGCAACUUUGGAACAGGCGGAAAUUCAAAGCUAUUAAACCCCAUGGUUGAUAUAGCUAUUUAUGACUGAUAACAAAUCUGGAAUUGGAAUUUGUAAACAUACUUUAAAUAUUUAAGCCCUUCCACUCUGUCAUAUGGCUGCUACUGUUACCACUUCAAAAGUUGUCUGAAUGCCUUAAUAUGCUGCCACUCUGGGACACAGAAAAGCAAAGGAAUAACAUGAGGUCAUUCCGUCUUGUGGUGGAAAAAUGUUGUCUGGGAGAUCAUACUCUAGGGAGCAUCUGGUUCCUGUCAGUGACUGAAAGUUCCUGCUACAACUUUGCAAAAAGGGAAAACGCAGCUCUGAGCCAGGCACCACUUUCUCCUCUCAGAGCAUCCCCUGUUUCACACUGUGCUUUAGGUCCAACUCUGGGGUUAGCCAGCUUGAAUGGAGGGUUGUCUGGAGCGCAAGCCAGCCAUUUUCAUUUAUUCAUUUUAUAAUUUUUGUUGAGAGCUGGAGAAACUCCAAGGCACACUUUUCACAUUUCUUCUGCCAAACUUUGGGGAAAAGCAAAACAGUGGGAGUCUUCAUGAACCCACUGGGUAACAUUAUACAGCUUACUUAAUAGGCUUCCUUCCCUGCAAAGUUCCUAAAUACCUGCCGUUCCGCUUGGAGCAAAAGACAAGCUUUUGCCUUUCCCCCUUUCCUCCUGUAAAUCAGCAACUUUCUGUUCCAGCUUUCUUUUGCAGCGAGAUUAUUUGCCUCUAUGAAAAACACAGCAUGUCAGUCAACCUUACCUGUGUAAUAGCUACCUAUUUUCCCAUGUGUUUAAGCUUUCUGAGAUCUACAUGAGAGACCAUUUCCCCUGUAAUCAUAUGGGAGUGGGGGAGGUAGUUACCAGGGAAAGGACCUUUUCCUUGAUUGUGCCUCUACUCUAGAACAUAUUCUCCAGAGAGGCUCACUUGGCACCCACCUGCCAAUUUAUAUUCUUUCUUGUGCUUUAUUUUCUGUUCUGUUUUUAAGCAAGAGAUGCUAUUUUCAGUAUAUUUUUGGAGCAACCAAAGGCAGGGUAUAGGUAAAGGGAAAGGUAACCCUGACCAUUAGGUCCAGUCGUGACCGACUCUGGGGUUGCGGCGCUCAUCUCGCUUUAUUGGCCGAGGGAGCCAGUGUACAGCUUCCGGGUCAUGUGGCCAGCAUGACAAAGCCACUUCUGGUGAACCAGAGCAGCGCACAGAAACGCCGUUUACCUUCCCGCCGGAGCGGUACCUAUUUAUCUACUUGCACUUUGACGUGCUUUCGAACUGCUAGGUUGGCAGUAGCAGGGACUGAGCAACGGGAGCUCACCCCAUUGCGGGGAUUCGAACCACUGACCUUCUGAUCGGCAAGUCCUAGGCUCUGUGGUUUAACGCACAGUGCCACCCAUGUCCCAAGGCAGUGUAUACAUUACAAUAAAUCAAUGGAUCAAUUAUUUCUUCAGUCUCUGACUUUGAUUCUGAAGUGAAUAAUCAAUGUAGCCUUGUAUACUUGAUUGAUGGUAUGUCAGCUUCCUUGCUAUAGAGACAGAAAUAACACCACUUCGCUUCUGAAUUAUAUUUAUGUAUAAUUAUGUAUGUAAUUAUGUAUAUGUAUAUACGUAUAUGUAAUUAUGUAUAUGUAUAUACAUAAAUAUAUAUGUAUGUAUGUGUCCCAAAUCUCAAAUCAGCAUUCUUUUUUCUUUUUAAUUUUUCUUUUCAAAUUUUCAAACAACAUUUUUUUACACACACAGACACUUGUUUACAUUAAAACCAUAAUGCAUGUCAAUACAUUUAUGGGGUUCCCUGAACCCCAGUACUUCUUUCUACCCCUCCCAUGGCUUCCAAAAUUUCCCUUCCUUUUUCGCUGCAUCUAAUUGCAUUUAUUUAGCUUAUUACAUUUCCAUUUUUAUCCUUUAUCGUUUUAAAUUACAAGUGCUAUAUCAAUCCUCCUAAUGUUUUUAAAUGUUUAUAGUGAUCUUUAAUAUAUUCUAUAAAGUUAUGCCAUUCUGUGCUGAAUUUAUUGUUCUCUUGGUGCCUCAAAUCCACUGAUUUGAGGCACCAAGAGGACAAUAAAUUCAGCAAAGAAUGGCAUAACUUUAUAACACGUUCUGGAUCAAUCCAAUGUGUGCAGAUGCAGCGCAAAAGUCAGUGUCCUCUGUCUUGAACAUACCUUCGCCUUCAGAGAAGGCAUUGUUGUUGUUGUUUUUCUGUAAAAAAUAGCUUGCUAUGGUUUCCAGCAGGGAUGGGUAACCUGUUGCACUCCAGAUGUUGUGGACUCCAGCUCCCAUCAGGCAGGAAAGCAAAUACUCAAGGACAAUGGGAGUUGGAGUGCAAUAACAUUUUGAGGCACCAAUCUAGAUAAGACUUUUCAGUACCAGGUGCUGAGUUCCUCAUCCCUGAUUCACAGUACAGUAUUUAAAACCUGUGUGGAGAUUGUUGCUGUUGUUGUUGUUGUUCACCUCUAUAAUCAUUUCAAGGUGAUAUACAAUAAAAUAGCAGGGGAAACCAUUAAAAGCUUUAUCUUUCUAUGUAAAAGGCUUCUGUGCAUUUUCACACAGGUUUCAGUCCUCUCAGGGAAAUGGAGACCGGCUACAGCAAUAAUUUAUUCCACUACAGUAGUGAAUUCUGACAGUAUGGCUCUGUAUAAAGGACUUCAAGUACACCAUUUCAGAAACGUGUUCCUGAGUUUGCAGAUGACACCAGUAUUGCAGCUGAAGGAAGGAUAGAUUUUCAAACUAAAAUAUCAUGUUUCAAGUCUAUGAGUGAAAUCAAUAUUGUUUUGCUAGCUAAGCUUCCCUCUUCUCCUACCAACAAAGGAUUUCUUUUUUUAAAAAAGAAAGCGUAAAGGCCAGAAAAUACAUUGCCAAAUCAUAACUUCUGAGCAAGGCAUUCCUUUGGCAGUGGAACUUUACCAUGGCCAGUGUGGCUUUUUUAUAUGAUCCACUACUGUCAUGCUGCCAGUGGUUUUAUUUUUUUUUUUUUAAAGCAAUUUAUUGGAUUUUACAAUAAGAAUAAGUGUAAUAAACAAUAUAACAUUCGUCUUAACAUUAUUUCACAUUUUCUUUGGACUUCCUCACAUCUCCCGCUCCCACCUUCAUCAUUAUAACAUUUUGUCAGCAAUUUAUCAUCUUAUUUAAGUUCUUAUAUCUCUUCGAUAUUUCAUAAUCUUAAAGUUCUCAUAAAGAGUUAAACUUUCACAGUUUUUCUUAUUUUCUUAAAAACUUCUAAGUUAAGUGGUGCUCAGUUAUUUAGUCUAGCAUCUUAUUCAGCAUUCAGUCAAAUCACAAUGCUUUUGUAGAUAGUUCUUAAAUUUCUUCCAAUCCUCCCAUGCUGCCAGUGGUUUUAAUUCAGAUUAGGUAACCCUGAAAAACUUUUCUUCACACAUUGCUCUUACAGGGCUUCAUUCUACAGUACUUCUUUGACCUGAUUGGAAUGAAUUUUUGGUUUUCCCCACCCUUCAGGAAAUACCUUGCAUUUACAGUACAGUGGUGCCUCGGGUUACAAACACUUUGGGUUACAGACUCCGCUAACCCGGAAAUAGUACCUCAGGUUAAGAGCUUUACCUCAGGAUGAGAACAGAAAUCAUACGGUGGCAGCAGGAGGCCCCAUUAGCUAAAGUGCUACCUCAGGUUUAGAACAGUUUCAGGUUAAGAAUGGACCUCCAGAAUGAAUUAAGUUUGUAACCAGAGGUACCACUGUAUUCCAUCUCUUUAUAUCUUUCAACUUUUCAGAGAAUGCUAAUGCUCCUUGGGACAUUUUUCUAGGUCUGCUAUGUUUUGCUAAGCAUUUAUCUACUUCAACAGUUGUAAACCUUCUGAAGGAUCAUAUUAUACAUUUCCUACAGGCCCAAUUCUGCACCUGUCUAUCAGAUUUUUAUCCCAGUUUUCUCCAAAAGCAGAAGGCUGCAUGCUUGGGUACCAUCACCCACUUCAAAACUACCUUGUUAGACAGGUUGGGUUAAAAAUAGAGACUUGCUCAAGUUAGGCUUUGUGGUUGAGUAGCCAUUCAAAUGAGAGUUUCCUUGGGUCUAGUCUGACACCCCUGCCCACAUCACAUUGCUUUUCUUUGUUCUUUUCAGGCCACAUUAGACUUUCGGGGGAGCCAUGACUGUCAAAGUGGGAUAAUAGUCCUUUAUAUGUGAGGCACAGAUGUUCAGACAUAGGCCCCUUGUUCUGUGAUCCAAGGUCCCCCCUCCUCUUUUGAACCUGUUAUGUACUGAAGUUCUCACCCUUGGCCAGCAGGGGGAUACUGUAGAUAGUUUUCACUCAGGUCCACAUAUGCAAUUAAGGGAUUGAAAGUGACGUUCAGUGAUUGGAUAGUUACAGAAAGUGUUACAGUUGCAAUGUAGUGGAGCUCUAUAUAAGCAGGCUGGCUGAACCCUUCAGUUCAAUUCUGUUCUGUUCUGGCCUGUGAAUAAACAAGAGCUGUUUGAAGAAUCGCUGUGUCAUGUGAUAUGUUCACCCACAACUUAACAGAACCCAUCCCCAUCAGAUUCUAUAGUAAGCAGAUUGAUAUCCAAGCAUAAUGUCUGGUGGAAGGGCCCCACACCGUGAGGGGUGGCCUUGCUGUCUUGCAUUGGUUCUGUCUCUUUGAAUGCUCUGCUCACUUAGAUGUUGUUGGACUUGUUAGAUCAGCACUGUGUUAAUGGCCCUCAGGUGCUGUAGCAUUGCCAAGGAGAAGUAGGGCCCUUAUGCCUUUCCUAAGUGCUGCUGGAGUGUUUCUGUUCCUCCAGUGGCAGUUCAAUGUCCCCCACCCCCCACCCCCAGGAGAGAAAGCUUGGCCAGAGCUGGACAGAAUAACAUGCAGUUGCAGCCAAAGGACAAACACAACUUGCAUAUGUAGCUCACAGAUGUCUGAAAUGUAACUCUACCUACUUUGGUACAGUGACAUCAUCCUUUUAUGCAGCUAGGCAAUGCUGCCAGCUUAAACAUAAAAGGAGUUAACAAAAAGUAAGAGGACUUCAUAAUUUAAAAAAGCAGUCUGGUAGUAUGAGGAGAAAAAAUAAUAUUUUGCAAUGCAAAGUUCUGCCUGACGCUGCUGUAAAGCUUCUGUCACUGAAACGCAGCCAGACCAUGAUCCUGUGCCUGCUGUUUUUCACAUAACCUGUCUUUAAACAUAAUGUGACAUGCUCAUUUCAAAUCCUUUUCUUGUUCAGUCCUCCACUCCUGUUCUUGGGAAAGCCCCAUUGAAGAGGUAUUGUUUUCCUUUGUGAUGCCUAGAAUGUCCCAUUUCCUGGAGAAAUGCUUCCUGGCUCCUUCUCUACCAUCAGGGCUGGUUGGGGAUUCCACAAACAUUGCCAGCACUUCUAGUUGCUGUCCUAGAAAGUAUAGGUCUUCUCUCCCUAGGCUGAGUUGGCCCCAUGGAUGAGGCUUCCUUCUCUUACCUCUGUUGCACUAGCUGUCUGGGAAGUCUAUAUAGAAGAAAGCAAAAAAGGAAAGCACACCUUGUGUCCUUCAGAUGUUUUGGUUUCCAACUCUCAUGGUCUGUAACCAGUGGCCAUGCUGACUGGGGCUGAUGGGAGUUACAGUGCAAAACAUCUGGCAAGCACCAGGCUGAUGAUGGAGGAAACCAAGGUGUGGCAGCAGCAAGAAAAUAUAGGGUUGUGGAGAAGAUGACAAGAAGAACAUAAAAUGAAGAAUAUUGUACAGUGGUACCUCAGUUUUCUAAAGUCUCCGUUGACGAACAUUUCAGAAGUCGAACACCAAAAACCCAGAAGUAAAUGUUUCCAUUUUCGAAUGCGUCUUGGAAGUUGAACGGGCAUUGUAUUUUUCUCAAUUUUCUCUCUCUGUAAAUUUUCAGACUGCCCUUUGUGCCUCGGUUUUCAAAUGUUUCAGAAGUCGAAUGGUCUUCUGGAACAGAUUACGUUUGAAAGUUUAGUAGAGAGGAAACCUGUUUGAGUGCAUAUUCAUGACUGCAAAAAACGAAAAGAACAAGGCAUUCUUUUUCUUCCCCUCAUGUGGUUUAAAACUGCCAAAUGACAAGGACCUCUACAGCUUAUGCAUUUGUGGUAGUCGCUCUCUGGAGAGAGACUGGAGGAGAAAGGGAGCUGGGGAGUCAAGGAGGGGAAGGAUAGAGGCAGCCAAGAUCUUGGACUGCUGAAUUACCAGAUGCAGGGGAAUACACUUUGGCAAGCUUGUGGUCGGGGAGAGGAAAAUGAAAGGAGGCAUAAGUCUUCUUUAUUCCCUGGUAAUGGAUCCGUGUGUGCAGAAAAUAUUUGAAGUGCUGUAUAGGGAGAACUAGAGACAACCUGGAACGAAACUUAUUUUUUUGGGGAGGGGGACCCUGUAAUAAGAGAGUGCAGAUGCGAACAUGUAACACCAAGCUGUAAAACAGUGUUAUUGAAAUCCAAAAGAGCAAUUCUGUUCUCUUAAGCUUUCCAAAGGCCAUUAAAAUAGGUGCAGCUGAACAUGUAAUCCAGCAGCACUGGAUGUAAUGACUGAGCUAAGUAACUUUCAGAGAGGCAAGUAGUCUGUGUUUUAUUGACUAGUGAGUUUUAUUAACUGUGUUUGCAAAGAAGGUAGACAUUGGCUGAAAAGGGCAUGUUGAUGGCAGAAUAGAGAUUUGCCUGAGUGGAAUCAAGUCAAUAAUUGCUCCAGUUCCUAGACAAAGGCCUCCUUGAGUUAAUGAAUUUGCAGUGCAAUGAUUCCAACAGGGGCUCAUUCAUUGUUAGCCCUUUUCAUGGUUUUAUACAGAAAGCAAGGGUUUCUUUUUGCAAACCGUGUGUGUUGUGACAGAGCCCUGUGUCUUAAGACCUGCGGUAGCGUCUAUAAUAACCUUGUUCUACUGAAAGUUGGCAUGCCAAAGCCUAUAUCGGUUUUCUUCCAGGGAACAUGCGUUGGCAAAGGAAGAACACAACAAGUGAUUGUUAUAAACCACCUUAAUGAAAGCAGCCCAUUUUGCACUCUGCUGCCCUUUUGUAUCAGUCCUUGUCAAAGGACCAUAGUAAUGCUUUGUAUAUACUGAAUGCUGCACUGCUAAAACAUUGCUUCUCAAAUAUAUGUCUCCAGUUAGUUGUAAAAUCUCAGCAGCAGCCGCAAAAAUAUCAUAGUUUGUGAUAUCAUGCGGUACAACAUUCAGCAGAAAACUAUUUCUGCAGAGGAAUCAGCAGUGAGCCUCAGUCUCUGAAAAACUGUUUGUGAACUGGUAUUGCCAGCUGUGAAUAUUAUCACUGAUGUUUGGAACUGGUGUGUAAAAGUACAACCAUGAUAGAGCAGACAUAUUUGGGAAUUUGUAAUCACUCACAAGGCUGUGGUAUUUUAUGCAGGCACUUAAAGAGCAAGCAAUCUGAUACAAAAAACAAAACAAAAACCCAAACACUAGCCCAGGCUUCCUCAACCUCGGCCCUCCAGAUAUUUUGGGACUACAGUUCCCAUCAUCCCUGACCACUGCGCCUGCUAGCUAGGGAUCAUGGGAGUUGUAGGCCAAAAACAUCUGGAGGGCCGAGGUUGAGGAAGCCUGCACUUGCCCCUUUCAGGCACCCCAUUUGUGUACAAAACUGACAUGAGAGCAGGAACGAAACGAGCUAAGAGAAAGGCACGUUUGGCAAACCUUCACCAUGAUCAACUCCCGUCCUGAAAUCUAUGUCCCCACUGUGGAAGGAGGUGUGGAUCCAGAAUCAGCCUCCACAGUCACUUGUGGACUCACUGUUAAAACCGUGUUUAUGGAAGACAAUCUAACUUGGCUACAUGUGAUCGCCAAAGAAGAAGAAAAUAAGUGAAAGUGAGAAGUUCAGGGAAAGAUCAAAGAAGAUUAUUUAACAACAACCAUUACUGUGGGGGUAUGCACUCUCAUUAAGUGGAGAUCCUCUUCCUACAAAGGUGAAGAGUGAAAUUCAUUUCUCUUCAGUGAUAAAUAAAUAUUAUUAAAAUCAACCUAGCAGCUAUAGCUUUAAGACAGGGGUGGGGAACCUGAAGUCCUGAGGCUUUGCAUAAUUUCAAUAGCUCUCUGCAAGUGAUUAGUUUCAACCUCUGACCAGAAUAAUUUGUCCUUUCCUUGACAGGCAAGGUGGAAGAGUGGGAGGGAGUGAGACAAGGAAGGGAGAGAAGUGGCUGUUAGAAAGAAAAUGGAGGGAAGUGGCAGGGGGCAGAGAAGGAGAAAGAGUGGACCAGCCCACUUCCGACUCUGGCCUCACCCGCUACUGGCUUUGGCCUUUUCUGUUGAGGGCCACAUUGCCUUAGCACAAAGGAGAUGCUGCCCUCAGCAGAAAAUAAUGCUUUCCCACUCCUGCAUUUAAGACAAAUAUGUAAAAACAAAACAAUAUCGUUAAAUGGAUGGAAAAGUUUGGGGCUAAGCUUAAUCACAUUAAUGACAGGGAUGGCUCUCCUAAAUUUGUUGCAGCUGCCUAUUGCUGUCUUCUAGAUUUACAAGGCAUUCUUACAAGAAAACGAAUGUUUUAAAAUAAUAACAAUAAAAAACCUUACUGUUUCUGAGACAAGACCACAAAUGUUUCUUAGGACUUCUACUAUGUCAAGUACAGGUGUGGAGAACGCAGAUAAUUUGGCCUAUUUUUCUUUUUCCACUUCACCAUAUCUUUUGAAUACAAACCAGUUUCUAGAGUACAAACUCACUUAAUUAAAAACAAACUUGGAAGAAGAAAAAUGGCUUCUAAUUGGUUCUUUCUGGCUGUCCCUGUGGUUGCCCUAAACCUCAUCUAGAGGACUGAGGUAAUAGUUGGCUGUUACUUUUUAGGGCAUAGACAAACAGCUGGUGUUCUCCACAUGUUGUUGUGCUACAACUUCCAAGGACCCUGACUAUUGGUGAAGCUGGCAAGGAUUGAGAGAGAGAGAGCACCACAUUGGCUAUUCCUGGUGUAGUGUAUAGGUAGUAGUAAUAAUAAUAAUUUUAUUAUUUAUAUCCCAAUAUGUUGCUUCUUGUGGAGGCUCAUCUGUGCUCACUGCAGGAAACUAGAUUUGCAUACUUCAGUGUGCCCUAUGUAAGUCGAAGCAAACUGGUUUUGUUGUGUGGUGGUAAAAGGAAGAGCUGAAAAAAGGGCAUCUAGUGAGGGUAUUCUGGGAAGUGAUACAUGACAAGAAAAUUAGUUUUCUGGAAGUACAUUUUAUGUUGUGUGAAAAGCUCAAAUAUAAUGCACAAAAUAACAUGUCAAGAAAAUGGAAUAAACUGCAGUAUGAAUGCAGCCCAAGUGAAUGGUAUGGUGACAAUUAGCCAGAUUUUCGGAGUAAAUGAAUUGUAUGCAUCUCUUUGAGGUUGCAUGCAUCAUCUUUUCUAAAUAAUAAAAUAUGCACAUGAAAUAACUUUUUGAAAAUGAGAUUUAUUCUAAGUCUCUCUCUCUCUCUCUCUCUCUCUCUCUGUGUCUGUGUGUGUGUGUGUGUGUGUGUGUGUGUGUGUAUACAUACUCACUCACUCCUGUUUUGAAUGUCUAUGUUAAGCCUAGAAAUGCCCUUAAUGCUCAUCUUUUUAUCCCUCCAAACUUCAGCUAUGAUGUUAUAUUUGCUGGGGGACCUGAAGAGUUGUUAAAGAAGUUCCAGCAAGCUAAUCACAAGGUAGUGUUUGCAGCAGAUGGAUUGAUAUGGCCUGAUAAACGACUAGCAGACAAGUACCCUAUUGUUCGCAGUGGAAAACGGUACCUUAAUGCAGGAGGUAGGUAGUUUCAUAAAAACUGUUUGAUUUAUUUCACAAUAUUUAUUUAAUGCUUCAUCAUAAUGAAACUUCAAAAACAGUUGACAAAACAUCUUCUUUAGUGCUGAUGGUGUUCCUUCUGCUUCUGGAGAGUCUGUGGCAGGUGGCCAGCCCAGAGUUCAGUUGGUAGAGCAUGAGACUCCAGGUCAUGAGUUUGAGUCCCACAUUGGGCAAAAAGAUUCCUGCAUUGCAGGAAGUUGGACUAGAUUAUCCCCGUGGUCCCUUCCAGCUCUACAGUUCUGUGAUUCUAUAUUCCAGAUAUCCACCCACUCUGAAAACUAGAUGUUUUCUAUUUAUCCAGGGCAGGACUUAUCUAGCAGCUAAUGAACUCGGACAUACUCUCACACUUUGAUGCCAUUCUUAAAGCUCUCCACGUCAUGUUGGACUAGAACUCACAUCACUCCUGACUCCAUGGGACAUGCUGGCUGGAGAUUAUGGGAGUUGGAGCCUAACAUUACCUGGAAGACCACAGAUUCCACACCACUUCUUCUUCUUCUUUUUAAUUUAUUUAUAUUUUCAAAUUUAUAUAUAUAUAUUUACAAUCAUUUUAACAUUUCAAAGUUUGACUUCCUUCCCUCUCUUUCUGCAGUUCCUUAAAUUUAUUUUUUAAUAUCUUCUGCAUAUCCAACUUAAUUUAAUUUGCUCAUUUGAUUAUCUACUUUAAAUAGAUACUCUUAUGAAACUACAGGUUAUUACAAUAAUCCUGCCAAUGUUUUUAUCUGUUUGCAAUUUAUCUAUAAAUAUUCAAUAAACCAUUUCCAUUUUUUUAUUAAAAGUUUGUUAUCUUGAUUUCUUAUUCUUCCGGCAAUUUUUGCCAUUUCUGCAUAUUCCAUACGUUUUUGUAUCCAUUCUUCCCUUUGGGACUUCUGCUUCUUUCCAUUUUGAGGCAAGUAGCAUUCUUGCCGCUGUAGUAGCACACAUAUAGUAUGGUAGCAUACAUAUAUUUAGGUAGUUCUGUCUCUAUAGUUCCCAAAAGGAAAGGUUCUGUUUUUUUCAAAGGUUAUUUUGAACAUCCUUUUCAAUUCAUUAUAUAUCAUUUCCCAGUAUGCUUUAAUCUUACUACAAGACCAUCACAUAUGAUAAAAAGAACCUUCUUUCUCUUUACAUUUCCAACACUUGUUUGAUUUAGAUUUAUACAUUUUUGUUAGGUUACUCAGUGUUAGAUACCAAUGUUAUAUCAUUUUUAUAUCAUUUACGUGCUGUAAAUUUUAUAUCCAUAUUCCACAAUUGUUCCCAUGCUUCCAUGUCUAUAUUAUAACUGAUAUCUAUUGCCCAGUGUAUCAUUGAGGAUUUUACUUGCACAGAGAUUCAGGGAAAUUGUACUAAGACAAGUCUCUGGUCAUAAAUGGAUGGGAAAACUUUAUCUAGUUUCAUCUACUGGGACUUCCUGAAGUUAGAUGUUCGGUGCAGGCAGCUCUUUUUCAAGUGGAAACAGUGAUGUCUUUAUUUAGUUCAAUCUAUGGUCUCUUUCAGGAUUUAUUGGAUAUUCUCCAGCUGUAAACAGUAUUGUGCAACAAUGGAACCUCCAAGAUAACGAUGACGAUCAGCUUUUUUAUACAAAAAUCUAUAUCGACCAAUUAAAGAGGGUAUGUUGAACCACUUUAUGAAUCAUUUUUAUGACUCCUGGAGUACAUCAGCUUUGCACACAAUUGUGAAAAAUGAGUGAUGAACCAAGCUAAAAUUCUGGCUAUGUUUAGGUCACUUGAAAGAAUGAUUCUAUCUUCUAUAAAUAUCCUAUAUUAGCUCAAAUGGCAUCUACAAACAAGAGGGUUUGGAUGCAGGGUUUUGGAAAUUUUUGGAACCCCAAAAUUUCAAGAUUUUUCAUUGGGAUGGAAUUCUUUUUUCCAAUGAUGACUGUGCAUGUUCAGUGGCCAGGUGGAAUGCUGGCAGAUUAUGUGGGGGGGGGGGGGUUUGCAUAUGGGAGUAUUCUAGAAAAGGACCUGGUCAAUAGGAACCUGGACAAGAACACCCCUCACUGUAACAUUUUGUUGUAGGUUUGAUGUGUUUAGUUUCAUGCUGUCAUCCGCCUAAAUUAGAGGUAGUCUGCCUAAGGACUUUUGGACAUCCAGGAAAUAAACUCCUGCACAAUUCCAGUAUUACAUGGAUGUUGUAUUGAUUUUAGUGGAGAUUUUAGCAGAUCUUUGGGUGAGAAUUCUAUUGCAGUGGUCCCUUUGAAGAACAUGGUUUGCUGCUCGUUCUCUUUUUUUCAAAGCAAGGCACAAACAAGAAAGUCAAUAUGUAUAGCAGCAACAUCUGAAGUCACCCAAAUUGUUCUGUAUAUAUCCUGGUAUAUUUCCAAAUUUUCUUUAUUUCAAGCUGUUAAUGUAUUAGUGUCAAUUGGCAGCUCUUCUCCUAUACCGCUGACUCAUCAUUCUUUGAGAAGUCAUGAACUUAAUUUGCUUGGCUUACAAAACAGAAAGCAAGCCUUUGUUUGUAGGAUGAUAGAAACCGUUGGCUAAAUGAAUUGUAUGUUCUUGACGAGGGACAGAUCUGUAUGACACGCUGAACUAUGAAGAUAUAUGAGGGAUUGGGAAACAUCUGGCAUAAGAAUUAAGGAUAUUAAAAUGAAUUGUCAGCGAAAACAUCCAAUCAUGUUUGCAGAUAGUUUACAUUUGUCAAGAUGGUUAGAAUUCUGUUUGUAGAGUGGUACCUCGGGUUACAUACGCUUCAGGUUACAGACUCCGUUAACCCAGAAAUAUUGCUUCAGGUUAAGAACUUUGCUUCAGGAUAAGAACAGAAAUUGUGCUCCGGCGGCAUGGCAGCAGCAGGAAGCCCCAUUAGCUAAAGUGGUGCUUCAGGUUAAGAACAGUUUCAGGUUAAGUAUGGACCUCCAGAACGAAUUAAGUACUUAACCUGAGGUACCACUGUACUGCCCUUGAUUUUAUAAUGCCUCAUUUAGCAUAUUUUAUAUACUUACAUUUUAGGAACGCAUUAAUAUCACGUUGGAUCACAAGUGCAACAUUUUCCAGACUCUCAAUGGAGCAGUUGGUAUGUAUUCUGAAGUGUCUAUUGAGUGAUGAAGGAUAUGCCUCUCAGAUUUCUUCCUUGCCAUUUCUGCAUUACCUAUUAUAUAAUACAAUACAUCCAAGGGGCUUUCUGUACAUUUAUACUUCAUAUGGAAUUAACAUCAAGUGGAGAUUGGUUACAGGCCCCCUGCCUUAUGUAGUCUUUCAUUGGCUUCCCAGUGGGAGAACUGACUGACCAACUGGAAGAUCAUGUAGUUAUUUGAACAUUGGAUCACUCCUCAUCCCAGAAAAAUAAAACCUAGAAAGAUAUUCCAGCUUUUUUCUCCCCACAAUAGAAGUAGGCAAAGGAGAGGGAGAGAGGUGGCAGAAGAAAGUCUGCCUCCACUGUUUCCAGAACAGCCCUGAGGGGGAAAGAUUGUAUCUGGACAGGCCCUGACUUACAACAAGUGUUGGGAAAUAGUCACCCAGUUCCUCUGAGGAAGCAGGAGGUCCAAUUGUCAUAAAUAUGAUCUUGGGAUAGGAAUAAUAAUGAUAUUUAAAACAAACAAAAUAUUGUGGUUCUUAUUUGGCAACUGGAAAUGUUCCUAGUGAAUGUAGAAAUUAACAGCCUGUGGAUCGUAGGCUGAAAUGACAGGAAAUAUGGAGAUCUUUUUUUUUUUUUUUUUUAAAUGGAUGCUAAGGGAAAUGCAAAGAAUGCUGUGAGAGUCUUGUUUGAGUAAACUACAGAUGAUGUAUCUUUAACUUCCUGGUGGGCUGCAGAUGAAGUGCUCCUGAAAUUUGAAGAUGGAAGAGCCAGAGCGAGAAAUUCACUGUAUGACACUUUGCCAGUCACUCUCCAUGGAAACGGCCCAACCAAAGUGAGUGACGGUGACUUUGUUUCAGCUAAGUUUUUUAUUUAUUUAAUGAUACUGGGAUACUAGCAGCCUACUGAGGAUUAGUUGACAGUGGCAGUAGGGUAGAAUUAUCACAUUCUGUUUCACCCCUGGUUUCCACUCAUUUAAGUUGAGUGAGCACGACAGCAGAGCCUUGUGGAACUGGCCUUUAAUUGAAAGGUACAGAAACAAGAUUUUAUUAUACUGCUGAAUUAAUUAGGGCUGUUUUUCCCCCCCUACCUCCCAAUUGUAGCUUAAUCUCAAUUACUUUGGAAAUUAUAUCCCUAAUGGCUGGAACCGUGAAACUGGAUGUGGUGCCUGUGAUACAGAUUUAUUAGACUUCUCCACACUUGAUGUAAGUAUCUGUUGCAUGCGGCUGAAUUCUUUCAAUGUUGAGCUACAUAUUGAUCGUCAUGGCAUUGUCUACCUCCUUGUGCACCUGAACUGUUGCUCCAGCUUCUCCCUCCUUGCUUUUAUCAACCCUUCCCAUCCUGCUACCACCUACCUUUCCCUCAUCUUCACAGCUUUCUUCCAGGCCCUUCAUGCCCAUAUUUAGUUUUGGUCUGAAUCACUUAAUGCUUCACAGUUUCCAGAUGUUUAUAUAAAGUGUCUGGUACAGCGGUAGAAACAUAUUUUUUUUGUCUUUUUGGCACAUGUUUGUGCAGGUUACAGUACAUUCUUGGUCUUCAUUGAUUCAGAUAAUAUACGAAAUGUUUUUCCUGGCACUGACAGCUAGUUAUGAUUCAAAGUAUCAUUUUUGGGGGGAAAUAGCUGACAAAGCUUUUUUGCACUCACUCAAAGAGAAACAACUUCUAGCUGACAUUUCAUAGACAUCAUCAAAUCUUACACUACAUAUGCAACCGUCAGGAUUCUUACUGGCUAAUUGGAUUGUUAAGCUUAUUGGCUAUGUGUUUGCAGUCCACUGUAAUUUCUGGCAGCAGUUCUUCCAUCAGUGUCAGGGGUAAGAUAACUCCUGAAUGCCAUCUGGGUCAGCUACAUUGGCAGGCUACCAUAGUCUUUAGGAAAAAAACCUGAUCCCAUAAGAACUUUAGAACUCCAGGAAACUAUUUCCAUUGUUCCAAAUUCUCAGUGAGUUUUCCCACCCCAUCCUUCACACUCUACCUCUUAGUUAUUAUAUAUUCUGAUUACAUCAUUAAUACACUUAUAUACAGCCUGAGAAGGGUCAUAGCUCAGUGGUAGAAUAUCUGCUUGUUUUCAGGAAUAUGGUUAUAGGAAUGCAGCAUAAAACUUGCUAAUUUCUCAGACAGCAUUUUGCUCACUUAUUUCAGGAGGAAUUUCAUGGAUUCUUAUUGUAUCAUUUCAUUUCAGCUAUUAGUAUCUCAAAACAGCAAUUAAAAGUGUAUUCAGAGUUAUAACUUGUGUAAAACUGGAGGUGAUUUCCCAAGAUAUAUACUAUGGAUCAUUUUGGUUAAAUGUAAGAUUGUUCAUACUGUUUUAAACUUUAAAGUAAAAGCUUUUCGUGGUUUUCUUUUAUUUUUGUGCACUUUUUUUAAGGAGAUUCCAACAGUAACAAUUGGUGUUUUCAUUGAACAACCAACUCCUUUCCUGCCUAAGUUUCUAGACAGAUUGUUGACUCUGGACUAUGCAAAGGAAAAAAUUACCCUCUUCAUUCACAAUAAUGUAAGUACUUUAGGUGGUAAUUGAACAGUUACAUUUGUAAAUUAGUUAAUGAAGUUGGUCUAGUUAUGUAGAUUGACCACAAAGUUAAGUUCUUAAACAUUUAAAUGGAUCUCUUAUUACAGAACAAUAAUGUGUGUGUACAUAUAUGUAUACACAUACAUACGUGUAUGUACAUGCACACAUGUUCAGAAUAAAAUUUCAUCAAAAGCAUGUUAACAUCUCCAUUCUUCCUCAGUUCAGUACUGUUUAUAAGACAUGUAGCUAUGCCACCAUGACUUAAACUACUUGUUCUUUUGGUUUUUGAAAGUGGUGGAAUUACACCAUCUACCAAUAAAUAUUAAAUAGCUCCUUCAAAUAAUUUUUAAGGGCAGCUGUUAAAGCUCCUGUGUUUUGGCAUCAAUAAGUAUAAUCAGAGGGAGGAAUGUUGGUGUGUGUUGGGGGUAUAGCUCCUCACUUGUGAAAGAGCAUUUUAUUUGGACUGCUCCUUGUGUGGCCUCUAGAUGCUUUUCUCCAGUUUAUUUUCCAGUAUACCUUCAGAUAUGAAAGUUUCCCUCUUUCUUUCUCUCUCUGCUGCCCCCCUUCUUUUUAUACCAUGGAUGGGGAACCAAUGGCCCACAGGCCUAAUUUCCCAUGAGGCCAUUUCCCAUAAACCACGCCCACCUCUUCAACCCUUGAUGUCCAAUGGGAAGGAGGUAAAGGCACGACCUUCACUUUGAAGUCCAUUUCUAAAUGUUUUCAGUAGAAGACAAGGAUCUUUGCCAAAUGGGUUAAAAAGGUUCCUCAUCUCUUGCUUAUCCCUUCCAUUUAACUUCACUGUCACCUAUUCCUCAUAGAAAGUAUACACAGCUCAGGCCACUGCCUCUGAAUACCAGUUGUUGGAGACUACAGGAGGGGAGAAUGAUCUUGUGUUCAGAUCCUACUAGCAGGUUCCCUCAGACAUCUACUGAGAUAACAGGAUGCCAGGCUAGAUAGGCCAUUGGCCUGAUCCAAUAGGCGUAUUUUUCAUUUUUUGCUUAUUUUGUCCGAAUAAGUUUAGGGUAAUCAAUAUUCAGAGGGGAGCAAGCAAUGACUGCUGAGGCAGUUCACAAUGCGGUAUCUGGUGGCAACUGCAUGGCAAUAGAGAGGGAGAAGAAUUCUCUUAACUUUAUACAGUGGUACCUCGGGUUACAUAUGCUUCAGGUCACAUACGCUUCAGGUUACAGACUCCGCUAACCCAGAAAUAUUACCUCGGGUUAAGAACUUUGCUUCAGGAUGAGAACAGAAAUCAUGCUCUGGCGGCGCGGCAGCAGCAGGAGGCCCCAUUAGCUAAAGUGGUGCUUCAGGUUAAGAACAGUUUAAGGUUAAGAACAGACCUCCGGAACAAAUUAAGUACUUAACCCGAAGUACCACUGUAAUUGCUGAGAAGUAGAGAAAUGGGUUGCUGCAGCUGCACCAUUCAAGUGUAUGGCUGGAUAUUCACACCUGUGACUUCAGGCACCUGCACCCAAUCUGGGGCAGUUUAUCCACCCGGCAACAGUAUGCUUACAUAGGGUUGACCGCAGCUUGUCCAACACCAUUCCCUGUGUUCUGUGGAAUUGAUGUUUGUGUGCUGCCACACCUAAAAAAAGGUUGGUCCAAUGAAAGACCUUGCUUAGGUUACAUCCCAAUUUAUUCAUCAGCAAAUAAUGAAUUAUGGAGAACUGUUGCUAUUCAUUUUUACAAAUGCAAACAAUUCUAUAUAUACACUGAGGCUUGCAACUCAAAUAGAGUCACAAAACUGAAAACAAACAGUUUUAUAAAUUUAUGCCUGGCACAAUUUCACAUAUUUUUCACUGGCUAACUAGUAUGGAUUUAGCGGUUCAGGGAAGGUACUGAAAUAGUUUUACACCCCCCCAAAAAAAAACCACCCUAGAUUUUAGAGCUUAUCCAAUGAAACUGAAUUUUCACAAGCAAUGGGAAAUCACUUUUUAACUACUCUGAUUGAUGUGUAAAAAGAUAAGACCUCUCUAGGAAUAAUAAAUCCCAGUUAGGGAAUAUUUAAUAUGUAGUGUCACUCUAUAGUAUAGAAGGUAAUGCCAUGGGCAAAAGAUCACAAUCAUAUAUUCUACAUUAAUUAAGAAAAACUGGCUACACCCUUCCGUUUCCACCCACCUUCUUUUAAGAAUAAGAAAAUCCAAUACAUUAACAGCUUAAUGUUAUGCAUGUCUACUCAGAUUUACUCCCACUGUGUUCAAUGGGGCAUACACUCAGGUUGAGCUGUUACAGGAUUGUAGCCUAAGGAGUUAACACAUCUGUAAAAUAGCAGGAGUGACCUAAAAUAGUAGUUGAUCUUGGGCUUGUUUAUUCUGCUGCUAAAUUUCCAGCGUUAUUUUUUAUGGUGACGGUUCCUGCUGAUUAUCAUAAUAUUUUUAGUAAGUGCUAACAUCCAAGUUCAAAGUGGAACUUAUUUGAGGCGAAAUAAUAUUUAAAGAGGAACUCUGUAAAGGUGGACUGACUUUUUAGAAUGAUUGUUGCUCUUCUUAUUUUUUCGCCAUCAUUAUAAAAAUGAGUAACUAUAUUAAAUCACUUGUCAGAGAUCUAGUUGUGUUAUAGGCGCGUUGCAGCUAAAACAAAGUAUUUUAAAAUGUUAUUUCCUCUAGCACCUUCUUUUUUCAGGUAUGCUAUUUUCCUGUCACUGGGCUGUGUGCUCUUCUGAUUCUCUUUUUGCUUGCUAAACAAAAUACCGUAUUUUUCUGUGUAUAAGACUAGGUGUUUUUUUUAACCAAAAAGUUAGGUUUGAAAUUGGGGCUCGUCUUAUACAUGGGUAGUGCUGAGGGGUGUUUUCUUAAUUUGGGGUCCCCCAAAAUAGGAGGUGUCUUAUACACAGAAAAAUACGAUAUAUCUUCCUCUCCUCUGGGUCUCUUUCUCUUACUAUUCCUGAUUUCUGGUGUCCCUGGUGGAAACAAGCAUGUGUAUUGGGAGGGGAGGCAUUCCUGCCUGGGGCUCCACCACCAAUCUGUGUGCAUCUGUUUCAGUGUCCGAAGCAAGUCUAUGCAACUAGCCUUACUUUGGACCUUGAAACAAAUGUCUGUAGGUCAAGGAUGCCCUUCUGCGGAGGUAUAGUGAAGGCACCUGCUACACCUCUAUGGAGAACUUAUACCACAGGCUAGUACUGGACUGCUCUGUUGCAUGUUUAAUUUUUACACGGUAUUACAGAUUUCUCUUUUAUUAAUUAUUUCAUUACCUUUUCAGGAAGUUCACCAUGAAAGACAUAUCAAGACGUUUUGGGAAAAAGCCAAGCACAUGUUCAAAACGAUACAAAUUGUGGGGCCUGAAGAAUAUCUGAGUCAAGCUGAUGCCAGGAACAUGGGAAUGUAAUUCUAUUUUUAACGAUUUAUCUCCUCAGAUCUCUAUAUGGACAGGAAUGAAAUGUGUAGAUUUAGACGGGAAGAUGUCUAAUUAAAAUGAACACACAACCAAAUCAUUGAUGCAGUGGCUCCAACAAUGUAUUGUGUUUAUGAGCAAUUCCUGCUGCUUUCUUGUAGGGCUGUUGCUUGUUGGCAAAGAUUUAAUGAUCCAUCAUUGAGACUUCCAACAUAUGUUUUUAGAGUGCUGAGACUAAUAGUUCAUGUUGAUACUCAGCAGAUGUUGUAGAUUAUUCAUCGGCUUCUCUGUUAAGAUCAUUAUUUUAUUUUUAGGUGUGUUUUUUUAAGAAGGUUGGCUAACUUCUUUUAAAAUUCAACAUCUAGCAUUUACAUUCAAGUAAUGCAAAAUAGUAAUAGUAAUAAAGCAAUUGUAAAAGACAUUUUAAAAAGCAGAAAGACUAGCAAUAAAAAUAGGGAAACAGCAGGUAUAAAAUAAAUAAUCUAUUAGGAGUUCAGGAUGAUAAAACUGUCUUGAUCUGGCACCAAGAAGCUAACAACAUAGGCAUCAGCUGUGUGCCUCUAGGGCAGGCAUCCCCAAACUCAGCCCUCCAGCUGUUUUGGGACUACAAUUCCCAUCAUCCCUGACCACUGGUCCUGUUAGCUAGGGAUGAUGGGAGUUGUAGUCCCAAAGCAGCUGGAGGGCUGAGUUUGGGGUUGCCUGCUCUAGGGAAACUGGUCCAGAACUGGUCCGCACCACCAACCCCCCCCAAACUACACUCUCCAAUCUCUACCCAUCUCUAACAGUGUUAUGUGGGCUGCCCUGAUCAGAUGUUCAUAAGUAAGGCACCUGUUAUCAUGCUUGUGAGCUGUGGUUUUCUUCUUUCCAAGCAUUCACUGCCCUGCACACCUUGAUCCUGUGAAUUCUUGCUGCCUCUCCCAAGGCCCAGACACUUGCCUCUGGGACGUGAGAAGCUAGUUGCAAUUCUAACAGAGGUGGACUCUGCCAGGUCUCAACAGAGUGGCUUUUUGCUGUGGAGUGGGGCUGCGUCCUGGAAAAAAAAUCUAUGUGGCUUUCACUCUCAAACAACCUUUCCACUGAACAGAAUAGCUCCCUCAUCAUUGUAUGACUUGCAACAUAUGUUUGGGAUGAUAACAUACAGCUGGUUCGUCUUUCAUUGAAAGGUUGCACCAUUGGGGGGGGGAGAGAGAUCCAGCUGUUAUAAAUUAUGAAAGUUCUGGGAACGAGAAUGUUCAUAGCCUUCAAAAUGAUCUAUGUCCCGUAGCUUUUAUAAUCAGAUCCCGAUAUCACAUCUCUUUGUCUCUUGCGCACAUACAUGUGCACUGGAUUGGCCAUUUACUGGAUUGCAGCACAGCCGUUUAAUAUCACAUUUUAUUUUCCAACAGAAUUCCCUGGUAUUAAACCAGCCAACUAUCUACGUCAGUAUUUUGUUAACAUCCACACCUUAACUGCAAUAGGGUCAUCUAUUGGGGCUCAAGCCCAUGACUCUGGCAUUAAGAGUCUCAUGCUCUCCCAACUGAGCUAUUGAGUGAGGCUCCAGUCCAAUAGUAAAACAGUAAACUAGGGUUAUGUUUACCACUUACCUACCUGUCUGUCACAUGGGGGAUAAUAUUGUGAUCAGAAAUUAGAGUUGUACAUAGAGGACAAUGGUUGUAUUAAUAUGUAAUUUAUAUUUGCGUUCAGGAAUAGGUAUGGUAAAUAGGUAUCCGUAAAUUGCUAUUGUAUUGUCAGAUUUAAUUUUCAACAAAUAGGUGUACAGUUGUAUUAAUUGAUGGCAUUGUUAUUAAGAAUGGUUUUUUUCAUUUACUAGGAAGGGACAAGUUAAUGACAGUGAAUGUGAAUUUAGAAAAUAUCUGGGGUUUUGAAAAUAUUGGGAAUACAGCUCUCCAAAUCUGGGAGAAAUAGAAGAAUUUCACUAUGCAAAUCUUCCAAAAGUUGGACAAAUUUCCCCAAAUUGGUAGUAACAUCACCUUCAAAAAUCCAAGACAUCUGUGCAAAGAGUGAGACUGAUAUUUUGAAAAACUUCCUUCUGGUGGAUAGAUAAAUCAAGUGAAACCCAGAUUGUAUUAUUAGCCAUAAAACCUAUUACUUUCAACUACUAACAGUUGCUUUAAGUAGACUUGUUUCAGGAGUUGAGUUGCCAAUUCAGGUAGCUAUUAAGCAAAGGAACUUCUUAAAUGCACACUGCAGCUGUAUGCUUAAAACUAUUAUCAUCUCUUUGGAAUGGAACAUGUUUGCAAUGCUAAUGCCUUGUGUGUCUCUUCCUUUUCAAGGGACAUCUGUCGGCAGAAUGAAGGAUGCAACUAUUAUUUCAGCAUAGAUGCAGAUGUUGUUUUAACGAACCCCAGGACUUUAAAACUCUUGAUAGAACAGAAUCGGUACGCUUAUGGCAGGAGGGGUUGGGGAACUUAUCAAUUCUAGGUUCUUUUAUUGGUUUCAGUGACUACUACAGGUUUGUUUAGUAAUUCCUUGAAAUAGAUUUCUCAUGAAAGAAGAUAUACCGGGUGGCAUCCAGUGGUGUUCAUCUGCCGGUAGAGUAGAUUUCCAUUUGCGCAGCGGUGUUUCCCGUUCCUAUCUCUGUACCUAAAAACUGUGGAGAGCUGCAGUGGGGGAGGAGAGGAAAAUUACUUCUGCAUCACUGGAUAUCGCCCAUUAUGUCAGGGCAGAGGAGAAUAUUAAUGCACUCCUUUAUGUGCAGACUUGCCUUCCAUUAUGACUUAGAGGGCUCUUUUAAAUAAUAAUAAUAAUAAUAAUAAUUUUUAUUGGAUUUUUACAGUUUUAUAUUCAAUCAAACAACACAAUAUAACAUUUGUCAUAUAAAAGAAAAAGAAAUCCCCCCCUCCCCGUGACUUCCCUCAACUUCCCCUUCUGGUUCUUUAAAUAUUUACUACUUCUGAGUAUUUAUUAACUUAUUUUUAUAAUCUUACACCUUAAUACUUGUAUUUUCUUAUCAGUUUUAUACCAAAUUUUCUUUCAUGAUUACAUCUUACAGUCAAUUUCAUUCCAUGUUGUCCUUACUUAACCGUUGAUCUUAUUUUCUUACUUGUGAGUGUUUAAUGAAACCCUGCUAGUGAGUCCAUAUCUUUACAGUAUUUCUGUAAAUACAUAAUAAAAGGUUCCCAGUCUUUUUUAAAAAAUUCUGAUUUAGGGGGCUCUUCUUAAUCAUGUGAAUGCUCUGUCAUUGGUGGAUAUGUGCUGCCGGGAUGGAGACCCUUCUCCCCCAUGCUUCUCUGCACAUAUUGCAGUAAAGGCACUUCCUUCAGCAUGUUUGCUUUUUGAUCACGUCAACUUUCUUGACUUUGACGAGAAUGUGUCUACAAGAGAGACUCAGUUUCACUAUGUGUCAGUUAAGGCUUUAAAGAGCUAUUUUAUCAUUCACACCGUUAAUCCAUUUUAUCCUGAUUGGCAGCCCCUUUCCUAGACAUCAGGCAGAGAUCUUUCAUCGCUAUUCUAGCAGAAGCCUUUCAGUGGGAAUGUGAAUGAUGGAAUAUAAGACUUUAUGCAUGCAUGCAUGCAUAACAUAUACUCUUCGCUGAGCUAUGGCCCUUGAAAAUUCACGUUGCAGUUGUUGCUUUACAAAUUCAGAAUUCAGAAAGACUCGGUUUUUCUCACUAUCCCAGAGGAAGUGACUGGAAGCAAAGAGGCCUAUUUAGAAUAAGUGACAGCUAUUAACAUCUGUCUCUCCCCCAGUUAUAGAGUUCCUCCUUGUGAUUGCCUCACAUUUCAAUCUUUUUGUUAACUUUCAAUGCAAUCAUGUUUUUAAAACAGAAAGAUGAUUGCCCCUCUUGUACUGCGCCAUGGGAAGCUUUGGUCAAACUUUUGGGGAGCGCUGAGCCCUGAUGGAUAUUAUGCUCGGUCUGAAGACUACGUGGAUAUUGUCCAAGGAAACAGAGUGUAAGUUAACUGUUUGCUCUUUUGCAUAGGGGCCGACUAUGUGGGGCCCUGGGUGCCCAGGCACCCACAAAUUUUAAAUGAAAGGGCUGCUACCCCCCUCCGAUUCAACUUGGUGGCAUGCGCACACUCUGGAACAUGUUGAUGUCACAUUGACACACCCCUGUGAUGUGCAGGAGUGACAUUGGCACACCGCGAGUGUCCCAGAGUUGCACAUGAGCACACCCAAGGAACAUGCAAUUCCACAUACAGACAUCCAACAGCUAUCCCAAUAGUAGUUGUUGAAAAACCACCUUGUUCAUACUUUUUUUGAUUUGGCACGUAUGUAAGUAUUGAUCAUGUCUAUACAGUGGUACCUCUGGUUACGAACCUAAUUUGUUCCGGAGGUCCGUUCUCAACCUGAAACCAUUCUUAACCUGAGGUACUUUAGCUAAUGGGGCCUCCUGCUGCUGCCACACGAUUUCUGUUCUCAUCCUGAGGUAAAGUUCUUAACCCGAGGUACUACUUCCGGGUUAGUGGAGUCUAUAACCUGGAGUGUUUGUAACCCGAGGUGUUUGUAACCUGAGGUACCACUGUAUUCCAGCUUUGCUCCAAGGAGCUGCUUCGUGGCUGAGCAGAGAACUCACUGGGUAACCUUUUGCCAGUCAUAGUCCACCAAACCUACCUCAUAUGGUGGUUGUGAGGAUGAAAUGGGGAGGAAGAGAACCAUGUAUGCCACCUUGAGUUUUUUGGAGGAAUGGUGGGGUAUAAAACAUACAUAACAUGCCACAUCAACGUAUGUGUUAAAUAAGUUGGUUCUGGGAGACGGGCGGACACAAUUGUGGUGGCUGUAUUGACUAUUGCUUCAGUGAGCAUUUCUUAAAGUGAAGUAUUUCUAAGACACAGUCAGCUGUGAGUGGUUUUCAGCCCCUUUUCGGCUAACUAAUCCCUGUAACAUGUUGAAAUACCCUGUGGAUAUCCUCAAAACCUGUCUCCAUGCAUGCCCCACAAUAAAAGUAAAAAAAUAAAAACCAAAGAAGAAUCCGGUAAGAAGGACUUUAUUUAAUGCUUGUAAAGAUCUUCAUAACCCUGGGUUGCAAAAAAAAGGGGGGGCUCUCGAGAGUGUGACCCACUUACUUUGAACUGCUUGCAUUGACUGUGUAUUAAAUUCCUUCAGCAUACCCCAAACAAUUUACUUUCCCCAUACUUCCCGCAUAUUUCAGUUCCGGCUUUUUCCUCAGCCAGAAACCAUAAAAGAAGGAAUUAACUGAUAUUGUUAUAAGCUGGCUAUUAUUGGGGGAAUAUUGGAAAACUAAUAAAAAUUUAUUUGGAAAAAACAACAACCAUAAAAGAAGUGACAUAUAAAGACGUUAGUUAUUGGAAAGGCUGCUUUUAAUUCUGUUUCCUUGUAAUUGCCAUAUAUUUUAAUUUAUAAGCUGAUUUUGAAGACUAUGUGCUCUGUCAAUAGCUUUAAUUGAAUAAAAAAUGGAAGGGAGAUUUAAAAGUGAAUGUUCUCAAUUCAGCUAUUUUCUGAUUUUAUUCUUGUAUAUGGGUCUGUGAGCGAGAAACCUGACCUGAAAAACAAGCAAAAAAUGAUUGAUUUUGCUUGUUUAUUGUUUGUCCAGCUUUAGAAACCCGCCACAGGGUCAAGUAGCGUUCUGGGACAUGUGCUUCUACAGCUGGGUGUUAAAUAUAAUUUUAGAAUGGUUCAAUUUGUGCCUUUCUCCAUGUGGUUGCAUUACCAAAUAUUCCACAGUAACUUAUUGGUCUCCUUAGUCUUGUUUACAAAUGGAUAAUGUUCUCUCAGUUCUGUAUAGUGGAGCUUUGUUGAGCUUCUCCGCAACAAGAGUAAAGGUAAAGGUACCCCUGCCUGUACGGGCCAGUCUUGACAGACUCUAGGGUUGUGCGCUCAUCUCACUCUAGAGGCCAGGAGCCAGCGCUGUCCGCAGACACUUCCGGGUCACGUGGCCAGCGUGACGAAGCUGCUCCAGCGAACCGGCACCAGAGCAGCACACGGAACGCUGUUUACCUUCCCGCUAUAAAGCGGUACCUAUUUAUCUACUUGCACUUAAGGGUGCUUUCGAACUGCUAGGUGGGCAGGAGCUGGGACCGAAAGACAGGAGCUCACCCUGCCGCGGGGAUUCGAACCGCCGACCAUGCGAUCGGCAAGUCCUAGGCGCUGAGGUUUUACCCACAGCGCCACCCGCAUCCCUAGCAACAAGAGUACAAAUGAUUAAAAAAAAGAAUUAUGCUCCAUAGUAUUUUCAUCCUGUUUCAUGAGUGGAAAAUUCUCACCAUAGGAAACAAAUGAUGAAAAAAUGAUGAAACUUGAAUGAAAUUCAUCCAAGUGUAUAUUACACCCAACUCAUUUUACCAUUUUCCCCCAGGGGUGUAUGGAACAUCCCUUAUGUGGCUAACAUAUAUUUGAUCAAAGGACAAACCCUCAGAUCUGAGAUGAAAGAGAGAAAUUAUUUUGCAAGGGACAGAUUGGAUCCUGAUAUGGCCCUCUGCAGGAAUGCCAGGGAAAUGGUGAGUUGCAUGAGCUUUGAAAAUGUCUCGCUACACUUUGGUUGUUCUUUCUUUCCAAUUUAAAGUACUAGCCAAUUUUUUUGUGAGUUACAAUCACUUUUCUGACUCUUUGUUACCUCCUCACAAUGGCAGCAGUUAAACCAAUUCACAUCACAACUUUUUGGCUUUGAGUAUAGUUAACACUCAUAAAUAUUGUGUGCUGCCUGUUUCUGAAUGCAAAAUUACUUGUGAACUUAAUCAAUACCUAUUUCAAAUGGUAAUUGUAGCUCAGCACUGAUUUUCUAUUUUUUCUAAAUUUUGUUCUUGAGUUAAUAAACCAUCGCAAAUGCUUUAUAUUGUAUGAAGGAUACAAUAGAACUGAUGUCACAUUAUUAGAAUUGUCUUUUUCAAGGGCAGGAAUGAUUGAUCUUGUUAUUUCAAGGCAGAUUAAAUUUUGCUAAACAGGACCAAUGCUCCUUGUCGUUAUUAGUGUUUAAUGGAUGCUAGCAUUAUGAGAACAUAUAUGAAUAUCAUUGCAAUACAAAUGUAAAUCUGUAUCUGUACUGAUAUCUACACUAGUUCCAGAGCAGAAUCAAAUGACAGCUAUUUCCAGGCAAUGUAGCAUUGAAAAAUAAUUUUGCUGAAUUGAACAAGAAAAGUUGGCAAGUAUUGAAGUUUAUUCCCUCCUUUAACAAGGCAUGAUUUUCUUUUGUUUGUACUCGUUCUGCAGAAUAGUCCAAUCAACAUUCUCUUGUUCUCAACCUUUCCUGCAUCAGUUAUUGCAAUCUGUGCUUACCAUGUGCUCACGUCCAACUAAUCUGACUUGGUGGCUCAUCAGAAAAAGUCUUCUUUUUCUCAUUCUUAUGCUGUGAAGCAGCCUGGUACGAGCUUGUCUCUGUGUGUAUGUUUUUAGAAAUACAUAUGCAUAUAUAUGUAUAUAUUUGUUGCAGCAGAUAAGAGGCUGAGAGUUCAAGCUUUUAACCCAUACGUUUUAAGCUUUGCUUAGAGCUGCAUGGUGUCCGUAAAUGGUAUUUCAGAAUACCAGCUUUUGAUUAAAGGAUCUUGUUUAUCUAACAUGGCAGCAGAAAGUGAAUGCAGCUCUAACAGUGCGAAAGAGAGCAAUGAAAGGUCAACUGAUGUGGUCCUUCUCCUCCUUCGUUUUAGACCUUACAAAGGGAAAAAGGCUCCCCUUCUGCGGAAACAUUCCAUAUGCUCAGACCCCCAAAGGUUUUUCUUUCUUUUCAUUUUUUUACUCAUUUAUUACAAUGCGGUUUUACUCUCCUAGAGGGAGGUGUCUCCUUCCACUCCCUGUAUCCCAGUGAUAACAGGGCAUUGUUUUGUCUUGAGCUUUUAGCCCCAUGGAUACAACCUUUGCAAAAAAAAUAUGUUUUUUUUCUUCUGUUCAAAAGAUUAAAUCAUGAAUGGAAGGAAAACAGCUAUCAGUGCUGCCCCACACAAACCUGUGUACAAGAAUUCACACAGGGAUAUGUUGAGUAGGUUCUAUAGAUGGCAGUCAAUUGGCUGCCGGCAUUUACCUGACCUCCUGUCACCCUCAUCGCUACAGUGUAUUAGGAAAGGAAAGGCCGUUGUGAUGCAGAUAUACUGGCAAAGCCAAUUUAGCACUCUCUGCCUGGUUGGUGUGCACCAAACCAACUUCACCUCUUCCUUGUCCCUACUCUGUGGCAUGCCCCACCAAUGGGGCUGUCAGGAGGUCAGGUAAGUGCCACCACUCCAGUGACCACUGCUGAUCGGCAGUUUUCAUUAUUAUGCUUGCAUAGGAGGUUGCCCAAAGCCUUGUGAAGCCUUUUGUCCAAAUGGAAGAACAUGCUUUUUGCUUCUUCUGUGUUUCACGUAAAAUAGUGAGCAGAAGAUGCCUUCUGCAUGCAGGAGGGCAAAUUUCCCCCCAAACAGUAGCACGUUUUCCACAUUGUUGAGUUUGUAGACCAAUAUACUAGUGUACUUAAACAUACACCCAAAAUUCUGAUGUGCCAUAAUCGCCAAAAAUCAACCUAUCCUCAUUCUUUUAAUGCAAAUCAUUCUUGUGCUACAAGUCCCUGCUUCCUAGUUAUAUACAUGUGAGAAUCACAAAUUUUGUGGUAUCGUCUUAAGUAACAACUCAUUUUAGCAUUGACCAUUGCUUCUAAGAUUCAAUCUCCAUUAAUUUCAUUGUGGGCAUCUGCUCAUGUUCCAUUGAGAAUAAUGGAGAUUGAGGAUUUUAUUUCUGAACUUUCUUUGUCUUUCAUUUAGCUAUAUCCCUUUCACUUGUUUUGGAUGUCAAAAGGCUGCAUCCAAUGGGUUUCACUCAGCUGACAGUAAAGCUUCUGCUGGCAGAAUGGUAGGGAAUGGAUUUUUGGAAAUUCCCUUCCCACGCUGUCCCACUUUCCAAAAACCCCAGAGGGACUCUUAACCCAGAUUUAGAGGGGAAGAGAGGCUGCAGGGAGAGGAUUAAUUGCAGGAAACUCUUUCAUUCCCUGAAGCCUUACAAUCAGCUGGUAGAACCCAAAUUAUGUGACCCUAUUAAUAAAUAAAUGAAUGAAUCUAUGACUGGGGCCACUCCACAUCAUUCGAGAGGUAGUCCCACCAUUAGCAAAUGGAAGAAGCCACAGCUGUUAGCAGCACAAUAAAGUCAAAUUUCAGAAUGAUUUUUUUAUGGAAGAGUAGAAAAAAUAAUGAAAUAUAAUGCCAAAAUAGUCUUUAAGUCAAGAACCAAACAGUCAUUCAUAAACUGCAUACAGUUGCAUACAAUUUAAUGGGCUCUUUCUAGUUAAAACUGGAUGUAAUUCAAUGGCUUUUUGUUGUUGAGACAAAGUUACCCACACUCUGUUAUCCACUGUAGCUGUAGGAACCAGAAAAUCCAUUGCUUAAUAAGGGUUGCUUGCUGUUCCUUGUUCCCCUAAUGCACAUUUUUCAAUAUCUUGUUAUGAUUAAAACUGAAGCUCACCCAUGCUGUAAAAACAGAACAUACUGUGGUUUCCCUACACUUCUCAUGAGAAAUUAUGUCUUUAACGCAAUGACAUGGUUUUCAAUACACCCACUGUCAAAAGCAUGCUUUACCACUGUAUUUCUACAGUUCUAUGCUGACGCAACUCUAUUGGAAGUAAUGGAGCAUAAAACUGGACAGUGGUGUGGUGUAUUUUUGUAGCAGAGGGAAGUGUUACAUAAUCAUCACUUAACUGUUUUUGGCAGAGCUUUUUUGAUUCAGCUUUUCGUAUUUAUUGUUUAAUAAGAGCCAUGGGCUGAGUACAUGUUUAUUAUGUUCAUAUUUUAAAAAAGAACAUUACAACAUUGAAAAAAAAAAUCCCCCCAAAAGAUUUAAACCCAACCCUUAUGUACUUGAGAUAGUGUAUCUGCCUCAUUACUUAUACAACAUGGUCUGCGACAGAAUUUGUUAUGUCUACCUGGUAGCCUUCAGACGUUUUGGAAUGCCAAUCACAGCAGCUCCAGGUUUGAAAAGCUGCCCUAUCCUGAUCACUGAGGAAACUCAGAGACAUCUGCUUCCUUAGAGACAGUAGCCACAGACCCAGAAGCAAACCAGGAAGUACCUCAUUAUAGGAUAGGCCUGUAUUGCCAUGUAGGUUUGAAGUUACUAUCACAUAUUUUGUUCAAUUGGUGCUGCUCCUGGCUGGUCCUACUAGCCUGCUUGAAAAGAGAUCAUCAUCAACAUGAGGACUGGUGUGGCUGAUGUCUGGCUUGUAGGUGACCAGCAUGCUGGCCAUUCACAAAACCACAAGUGUCAGAAACAGCAAAUGUCUUGAAGCACCAUUAUUCAAAAUGGCAAGCGAUUGGACUGUGACAAACGCAACAGUAUCUUUGAUCAGUUUGAAAAUGUAGGCCUGUUUAUAUUGAAAAGGAAAACAACAUACCUUCCCAAUUUACUUAAUUUGAUUUGUUCAAUUUAAUAUGAAGUUAAUCAGUCCUACAAGGAUCAUGUGGCUUUUGCUACUGUUCCAGUUCAUUUUGCUUUUCAUCCUUCUUCAAGCAUUGCACAGUGGUUUGUUGUUUUCAUCAUAUUCAUCAAAAUAACUAUUUGAAGGGGAACAUUUUCAUUACAGGUCAACUCGUCAAAGGAUCUGGUAGGAAAUGGGCUAAAAUUGGCACUCUAUAGAGCUCUGACACCUGCUUCUCUAUUCAUGUCUUUACCUGAAUUCAACAGAUCAAUAUUAGUUAAAUAUUUAGGACGUAAAAAACUACAUAAAAAUGUAUAGAAGGAAAUAUAGCCACUUUUCCUUCAUAAAUUAAUCUGGUCACUCAUCAUCAGUUAUAUAAAUGUAUAGAUAUUAAGAACAUAACUGAGAUUGCUGUGUGUGGGUCUCUGAUACAGGUAUGGAUUGCCUUACGUUCAGGGCUUCUCCUCCCUACAUUUUCAUGAAUUGGGAAUGCUGUGUAUGCAUGGACUGCAUGUAGAAAAGAAACAAAUUGCCUCAGCCCAUAUCAGAAUCCAUGCUUUGUUUACUGACUAUAUCUGUCAGUAAGUGUGCAACAUACAUAGUUAGAAUUUCAGAUAAAGAGAACUGUAGUUUGUAUAUUCAGAAUGGGGAUGAUAGUGAGUUUGGGCGAGGGGUAUUAAUAUAGACUGGAUAAUAUAGUUUCUUCUUUCUUUUAAAUAUUAAAUGUAAACUAACAUAAGGAUGUUUUUUGUCUGGUGGUAGGGUGUCUUUAUGUACAUCACAAACAGACAUGAAUUUGGAAGACUUCUAUCAACCGCCAACUACAAUAUAUCUCACUACAACAAUGAUCUUUGGCAGAUCUUUGAAAAUCCAGUGGUAUGUAUCAAAGAAUGCAAUAUAAUUAUUUUCCUCUCUUUUAACCCCCCCCCCCCCCGGAAUAACCUCUUUCUUUUGUGAGCAAACAAAUCACAAAAUGCUUUCUUACAUGGGGAUCUUAAUCCAUUUAAUUUUUCAACAUUAACCUUCACUGCUUAAUUUGAAAAAAAAUCCUAUGGGUUGUAUCCAGCUAAGCCCUACUCAGACCCAACCCACUGAAAUGGAACAAAGUUUGUCAUGUUCAUCAAUUUUAGUGAGUCUGCUUUGAGUAGGACUAUCCUUUGCUGAAACCCUACAUUCUAAGCACUUCUGUGUGGGUUAUUCUCUCUCUCUCUCUUUAAUCUAACAAACAAAUCUUUGUUCUCAGGAUUGGAAGGAAACCUACAUAAACCCCAACUAUUCAAAAAUUUUCACUGAGCACAUAGUAGAACAGGUAAGGAAAACCGCUAUUUGGGGACUCACAAAGGGACUGAACUUCAUUUAUGAGCUGAACUAAAAUACAAAUGGGUUUUAACUUGGAUUGGAGUGAGCUAAUUAUUUAUGGGCUCUGCAUGUGUUUCUGUAACUCCCACACCCACCUUAAACUUGGCAGCAGCACCACUAAUAAUGGAAACCACCUGGGGUUGGGGUGGCCCAAUACUUCUCUGCUUUGACACUUAAAAACCAUUUCUUCUUCAACAGACUUGGCUUUCCAUGCCAUGCUAAUUUGUGCUCUCUCUCUCUCAUGUGCAUGUGGGAAGAAUCAGCAGGUUAGCAUCAAGAGUCCCAUAAGCUUGGAGGAAUGGAGUUGCUGGAAGCCUGGGCAGCUGUUCUUCACUACAUUGUAGUGCCAGUCCUGCUAGGGGAAACCAAAUUACCACAGCCGAAAACGUUCCUUUCCUCAAAUAUGGGAACACUGGGUAGAUCAGUACAAAUGUAACCUUCUGCUGUGGCUAUUUGUGGGCACAUGAGAGGAAACUGCUCUACAGUGACUGACCCAAGCAGCCACUGAAAUGGUUUCUCCUUUCAGAUAAUUAGAGAUUUCUCUGUGUUUUCUCUUACGUAGUUGGCCAAGUGCAUGAUGCAGAGCAACUGCUGCAUAACUCUUGUUUCCACAAGCUAAAGGACAAGAAAUGACAUUUAAGAAACUAAACAAAAUCAAAGGGGUCAGACUAGUUGCUGUAGUGAUGGACCAAGGAUUCCUGCAGUCCUCCUCCACCUUAGAUUCAGAGAUGUAAAGCAUAAGCUACGCAACAGCCUUAUCUGGCACACAAAGGAGCACAAAAUUCUAACACACAGGUUUAUGUUUCCCACCUGUAGCCAUGCCCGGAUGUGUUUUGGUUCCCCAUAUUUUCUGAGAUAGCCUGUGAUGAACUGGUCGAGGAGAUGGAACAUUAUGGACGUUGGUCAGGUGGAAAACACCAUGUAAGCAUAAUAGUUGGAAACUUCUUUUAAUUUAUUUUUUAUAUGGGUUUUUUGAAAGUAAAGUAUGUGCUGCUGACAAAAGGUGAGCACAAUGCACAUGCAGAUGUCCCCUGUGGGAGGCACCUAUGGGACUGUCAUUGCAGGUGCACACAUACACUCAUCCAAGGGGGAGUUCAUUGGGGCAGGAUUGUGCCCAAUGUUUCCAUCAGGACUGCAAAAUUUAAUUUUAGAUUGGCAAAUGAAGCUCAGGGCUCAUUUUAAUCAGUGAUAUUAAGAGUUUUGGGCCACCUUAUAAAGAAAACACUUUGGCUUUUAUGUCACUAUUUUCAUUUAUGGAAAAAAAUACCAAAUACAAUGCAAUGGUGACAGUAUUAUAGAAAUAAUGGAGAUACAGUGUUAUUUUUGUUACAAGUCCAUUCAUAAUAGAUCUACCUCAAAGUGCACAAUUAGUUUUAGAUCCAAAUCCAUAUGACAUUUUGAAUUUGUAAAUUUGAUAAAGGGUUAGAUUGUGAUUUUUUUAUUUAUUAGGUUUCUUAUUUACUCUUCAGCAUGAGGUCCCAGGGUGGGUCCAGUUAUGUUACUAUAACAAAUGAUAAAAGAAAGGCCAUAUUUACUAUUUUCUUCAACAUUGUAAGGCAGUUUACACUUUCUGUAUAUCAAAAAGCUCCUUUUCAUUAAUCUAAGAUGGUUUUAAUAAUCAGCUGAUAGUUUCAAGUGCUGUUUUUUUUAAUGAAACAUCUGUUGAUGUUUUCAGCCACUACUGAAUUAUCUGGUGAGCAAAACAAUGUAUUGUUGUACCAAUUCCUUACACAAUACAUUUGAUGGAAGAAGAGAUUGCCAUUUUGGUCCCAUAAAAUAAGCCAUACGACGAGUAUAUUUUUUCACUGGGAUGUGUCUCAAGGUACCGGAGUAUGAAAGCUUUAGAAUUAGACAGGCAUGUGCUACUUUACAAAGUGUCCCAUAUGAUUUGAAAACAUAACCUUAUGCCCUAUGUAUCUGAACAUCUCUGUGAUGUCUUGUUUUAGGACAGCCGCAUUUCUGGAGGAUAUGAAAACGUUCCAACUGAUGACAUUCACAUGAAACAAAUUGGGCUGGAAAGCGUGUGGCUACAUUUCAUCAGAGAAUACAUAGCGCCUGUAACACUAAAAGUGUUUGCCGGCUACUAUACAAAGGUAGGUUAAAAUGGUUAUUAAAAAGUAAGACUUAAAGGCUCAAGCACAGGUGCAGUACCCAAACACAGAGUAGUCACGACAGACCCAGUAUGUCCACCCCACAGGUCCUUCUGCCAAUGUGGAUGCACCAAGAACAUGCAAGCAACAGGAGGGGGCAUUGCAGAGACUAGGAGAGCUAUUCAUGCCUCUCCUAUCCCUACUUCCGGGAUGCGGGUGGCACUGUGGGUUAAACCACAGAGCCUAGGACUUGCCAAUCAGAAGGUCGGCGGUUCGAAUCCCCGCAACGGGGUGAGCUCCCAUUGCUCGGUCCCUGCUCCUGCCAACCUAGCAGUUUGAAAGUACCUCAAAGUGCAAGUAGAUAAAUAGGUACCGCUCCAGCGGGAAGGUAAACGGCGUUUCCAUGCGCUGCUCUGGUUCGUCAGAAGCGGCGUAGUCAUGCUGGCCACAUGACUUGGAAGCUUUACACCGGCUCCCUCGGCCAAUAAAGCGAGAUGAGCGCCGCAACCACAGAGUCGGUCACGACUGGACCUAAUGAUCAGGGGUCCCUUUACCUUUACUAUCCCUACUUCAGCUUCUGUACCAUGCAAAUUAUUUAAUUUCUGAAAAGCACGGGAGAGGAAAGUACUCUUUUGCUUGAGUCCUGUGUCCAGGUUUCCCACAGACAUCAGGUUGGCGGCUGUGAAAAAAGGAUGCUGGACUAAGAUGAGCUGUUGGCCUGAUCCAGUAGGCUCUUCUUAUGUUCUCAUGCACAGGAGCCAACAUUAGACGCUAAAUAUUAUUUAUUCCAUUUAUCAAUAGUUUCCUAUGAAGUAUGUGCUAGGUGAACUCUGUGUCUGCAGGCUCAGAAUCUUUAAAAAAGGAAGAGAGAGACAAAAGUUGAGGACAUCUGGAAGUGAAGGAGUUAUUAUAAACAGUGGGUGGGAGGAGAUCCAUGACAGUAAAUCACAGAUAUUUAUCAUCACAGGGAGUAGGCUUGAGGGAUUCCCAUGAGCUAUCCUUUCUUAACUGUCCUGUUAUUUCUUUAUAGGGCCAUGCCUUGCUGAAUUUUGUUGUGAAAUACACUACUGAGAGACAACGUUCCCUCAGACCUCAUCACGACUCCUCAACAUUUACUAUCAACAUAGCUCUCAACAAAGUGGGAAGAGAUUUUGAAGUACGUUUGGAGCAAAUCUCUUUAUUCCAGCAAUGGCUUUCAACUUCUCUGACUCAUUUCCCACUAAGCUUGCUUAGAAGUCCCAAAUAAGAAAAUGACACCACAAUGAUAAUUCUUGGUUCUUUUAAAGUAUUAGAACAGCGUUUCUUGCAGUGACAGUAUAAUUGCAUCAAGCUGUGGUGAUACGGCAGUUUAAGCAGACAGCUGUAUUCAGUGUUGAAAUCAGUGAUACGAAUAUUUUGUAUGGCUGGUGAAAGAGUUCCCUGUGAGGAGUGUCUUGUUGGAGAAGGAGAUGGAGCAGCUCCCUCACCAAAAAAUUGCUUUCUUGAAGGAUCAUGUUACAAAUAGUUUAAGACAGUGGCCAGCAGAAGGUAGAUUGCAGAAUGAUUUGCAGUAGCUGGCACAUGGCAGCAGUAAAAACAAAGUAGAUACCACAUCCCUCAGUUUUGCACAGGAUGGUUUAAGUAAUAGAGGCAAAGUUCCCUUGUCUCUCCAAGUGGUAAGACCUGUUGCCUCGGAAACCACCCUCUUUUUCCUCUAGGUUGUUACCUGAUUUCAGAUACAGCAUUUGAAGGGAUGGAGUAGGCCUAGCGACCUCCCACUACUGAUGCCUAGACUAGAAAAGCUAUUGACCUGGUUGGCAUGUAACGCUAAACCAAACAAUGGUUUCGUACAGGCUUCCUCAGCCUCAGCCCUCCAGAUGUUUUGAGACUACAAUUCCCAUCAUCCCUGACCACUGGUCCUGCUAACUAGGGAUCAUGGGAGUUGUAUGCCAAAAACAUCUGGAGGGCCAAGGCUGAGGAAGCCUGGCUUAGCAGAAACAAGCACAUGUGUUGAUUCUUGGCAUGCAGAUCACAGCUGCUGCUGCUGUGCUAUCCAGCGCUAAGUCAUAGUUUGUGUUAGUGCUACAUCCAAAGCCAGGCUCAUGAUUUGUUUCACUCCGGGCAAACCAUGAGUUGUAACCAAAGUUUGUUCUUGGUUAACUGCUUGUGGGUUUUCUGGGGUAGAUAAACUACACACCCAGGUUUGAAUACAACACUAAGCCAAACCAUGGCUUAUGCCUGGGUGGAACAACUGCAGGAUCAGGUGAGUAGUAGUAGCUGCAACCUUUGCUCCCGGAACACACAUGUUAAGGCAUGGUUUGACUUAGUAUUUGAUGCAAACAGGGCCAGUAUCAUCUAUCAUGCAAUUUCCACAAUGAUGUUGACCUACAUAUGAAUUAGAAUGGGGAAAUGUUAAGGUGUGUUAUUGUUCAAAUGCAGUGUAUUCCUGGUGCAAAUUAAUGCACUUGGGAUUGAUUGCACUUCUGAUUAUUGUCUUGGGCUUUAUACCAAAAAACCCUCCCAGUUCCUAUUGAUUUCUUGCCAGAUGGUGAUUUAAAGACUUUUGUUUCUGAUUUUUUAUAGGGAGGUGGAUGCAAAUUUCUGAGGUACAACUGCUCCAUAGAAUCACCCAGGAAAGGAUGGAGUUUCAUGCAUCCAGGAAGACUUACGCAUUUACAUGAAGGACUUCCCAUUUUGAAAGGAACAAGAUACAUCGCAGUAUCAUUUAUUGACCCUUAAUCUUAUUUCCCUGGCCUGUUACAGACAACGUUUGGCAAUCUAUGACAAACUCUUAUUUAUAGUUCUACUCCCAGAAGAUGGUGACAAAAGAAACUUCUUCUAGAUUGCUGCUUCGCUUUGGGCUAAAAGAAUGAGCAGGAAAAGAAACCCAAACUCUUAAAAAACAAUAUAAACCUUCAAGCAUCUGAUCUGAGCCUUGAGUUGCAAAGUUAAAUAAUUAUAAUUUCGCUCCCUUGUGAAAAGGGAGUCUAAAAGGAAAGGGGAAAAUCAUUGAUGCCGAUGAUCCAUAAAACUUUUCACAUGGGUUUUCCAUCCAUUACAAUAACAUUAUGAAUAUGUCUUUUGUACAUAUCUUGAUUAAAGAAAGAAAUAUUUGCAUAUCCAGCUAUCUAUGAAUAUUCUUCUAAGAAAGAAGUGCAUGAUAGAUAAAUGCAAAGCAUUGGCAAAAAUACACAUAUGGGUACUUUUUUUAAAAAGCCUUUAAAAGAAGAAAUCCUCAACUUGGAAAUCUUUUCUUCUUACCAAGUGUCCUUUGAUCAGGCUGGGAACUAUUCUGCAACUUUUUUUUUUUUUUUUUGCAUCAGUUCAGUGCUGGAAAUCCAAGCUCUCUUUUUUGCAAACUUUCUAAUACCAAAAUGUCUUGGGAAACCAAAUUUGUCUACUCUUAUUUAAUACUACUUGAAUUUUGUAUCAGGAGAUCAAGAAGUUGAAGUUGCUCUUUUAUAAAACGUGCAGGGUUUUGACUUGCCUUUGUUUUUUAAGGGAUCAGUUUAAAAUUAUUCCUGCUGUGCCUACUGUUUGUAAUUUAAAGGUUACACUUGAAAAAAAAAAAAGAAUGUUGAAGCAUGAAACCUGAGGUGCUAAAAUGCACAUAUUUUCUAAGUUUUAUGGAAAAUAAAGAAGUCUUUAAAUUAAUAAAA